GCCCUCUUCGCUGGCUUGCGCGCGCGCACAGACGCACAGAGACCCGGGAGUCCUCCGCCCGCCCGCCCGCCCGCCCGUCCCUUCCGUAGUCGGCUGGUAGCUCGCCUAGCCCUGGUGGAUCGGGGGUGCACGAGGGGGAAGGAGGAAGCGGGUGCUGGCUGGGGAUGGGGCUGAGGUGAAUCCUUCCGUUCCUGGCGCUGCAUCGAGAGAGAGGAGGAGGAGGAGGGAAGGAAGGAAGGCAAGAGAGGAGGAAAGGAGAGGGGCCCGCGCGCAGGAGGGGCGGUAGCAGCGCUGCCUCUGCCGCUUCCGUCAUCAUGGCUCACUCCCCGGUGCAGCAGCCUGGCCUGCCGGGCAUGCAGGUGAGAAACCAGCCGCCGCCUCCGGGCUCUCCCCCCGUCCUAACCCACCUCCCUGCAUGGGCUUCAAACUGCAUCCGAGAGGCCCCUCCAAAAUGGGAACGCAGAGGGGGAGGUGGUUUUUUUUGAGGGGGGGCGGUUUGUUACACACACACUUCCUCCUCCCCCCUGGCUAAUUUAGUGGUAUGCAGGGGUUUGUUUCAUCCCCGGGGGUGCUAACAUUGGGUUGGGUGAGGGUGGGGGCUGGGUGAACCUGGCUAACUUGUAAAGGAGCUGGAGGGAGCGUCUAAAUGAGCAGUUGAGGGGGGGGGUUGAGGGGACAGACUCCUAGAAAUGCAGAGUCGAAAGGGACCGCGAGGGUCAGCUAGGCCGACCCCCUGGGCAGGAAUCUCCUGGUCCAACAUGGGGCUCGAACCCACGACCCUGAUAUUUAAGAAUCUCCUGCUCUGCCAACUAUUCAGGCCGCCCCUUGCAAAGGGAGGGGGUUGGUGCCUUGCUCAAGGUACAAUUCGGAUAGUUCGCUGUUUUAAAUAAAGGGGCAACCCUUAAUUUGUUUUGGGUUCUGCUGUCACCUGGGAGCGGCUAGCAGUAAUGCAGGUGUGUAUCCUGUGGCCAAGAUCUUUUAAAGGGCUCCCUUUAGAAACAAGAACACCACCCCUCACAAGAAACCAAUGUUCUGAUCCACUACAGUUAAGGCACACAAAUGACCAUGGUCAUCACAUCUGGGUAAGGGUCAGGUACUGUGUGAGGUUUAUAAAAAGGUACAAAGAGGUAACUUUUUGGCCAGGGUGUGUGUGUGAGAGACAGAGAGUGAAUGCGUGUGAUUUAGCGAGUUUUACCUUAAGUUUUUCUCCCCCCUUUUUUUUGUUAGCAAAAUCCAUAUAUGGUCUCCUUGAAGUAAUAUUUGUUGUGCGGGGGGGGCGACUUAAUUGUAGAGUAUUUAAAAUACUAGCCGUUUCAGGAAUUCUUUUCAUGCUUUAAGGAAGGAGUACGUCUUCGGCCUCAUUUAUUAUUACCCGUGAGUUUUCCAUCUCUUUGGAAAACGUCUUUAAAACUUGUUUUGCAUCUGUAGUGUUGUAGUAUUUGCAUUAAGUAGCAUAAAAUAACAUCUCUUUGAGUGUGCCUGGCAAACAGGGACGAAGAACUCUGGUGUGAAUUCAGAUGUGCAUUCCUAUUUUGUAUAUUAUGACGCGAGUCCGGUUUUCCAAACUCAAGAGCGCUGCAUUUUGAUGGCCUGCAGGAUCCCAGGAAGUGGUGGCAGACAUGUAGGCCUUCCUCUUCUGGCCUGGUGUUGCUAUGGCCUACCAAGGAGAAGUGGUGCGAGGGAAGAAGGCCUGUUUUUCACCAGACCAAGGGAUAAGUGACUACAUACACAAGAAGAGAGAACUUUUCUUCUCAGCUAAGCUGAGUAGCAGAACUAACCCAGACUGCAGCUUUCUGUUCUUUGCAGGCUGCAGUAGAUCUGAAUGGGUUGGCUGUGCCUUGGCUAGAAAGGGGGCCUGAGAGUUGAGCUGCCUUUUCUUCUGUAACUAUGCCAAAAAUGGGAAGGAGAAGCUGGGGAGAAGUGUGCUUCCUUGUUCUCUACUUGGAAACAAGCAGGUAUAUUUUAUUGGGGCACAGCUGAGACUACAAGCCCAUCAUUAUGAGGUAAAGUGUUGUGGCUGCAUUACAUAUCAUGCUUGAGGGUUUUUAUGCAAACUUAUUUCCCAGUACACUGGAGUUUCUGGAUCUUGUGAGGCUCUGGAGCCAAUCAGAAGCCAAAAAGAGCAAGCAGGGUUUGGAAGAGUGAGCUACUGCCCUCUAGAAUGGAGGGAGGCUGCUUCUACAGGAAACUCUAGUACUGGUACUGUGAGUGGCAGAUAUGAGCCUUUUUAAGCGACAUGCUCAAAAAUGACAUGGCCCAGAGUUCUUUUAAUUCCUGCUUGGCAUUUCCUGGGCGCAGACACUUAGGAGUUAACAGGGGUGUAGCAAGUGACUGAUAGCAAGAGAAAAACAAAGAAAAACUAUUGUGGACAGUCAGAUCUCAGGGACAGGUGAGACCAAUAGUGCUCAUUUAGUAAAUAGAUUCCAGCACAGAUGUGAGUUGUAGCUGUGAUUGUUACCGCUUGCACCCAGGCCCCUCAAAGCAACUUGCACAGCAAAAAUAAAAAUGGAAGGGAUUGAAAUAAUGUAAAAACAGCAAUAAACAAAACCUUAAACACUCAUUCCAGCACUGAAUUUAAAAGGAACAAGUCCUACCCACACCACUUAAAGGAUAAGUCCCACAAAGGCCACAGUAACUGCCUUGGCAAUUACAAACCAUAAGCCUGGGUCUUCUAGGUGCCAGGGUUUUGCCUGGCACCUAGAAGCACAGCAAUGACUCCUGGCAUGCUUCGUUGGGGAGAGCCAUUCCACAAGUGGAGCCAUUGUGGAAAAUGACUGUUCUCAUGUUGCCACCCUGCACACUUGCUGUGGAGAGUAAGUCUGAAGAAGGGCCUCAGGUGCAGGUUCUGGGUUGGUUCAUGAGGAGAGAGGCACUCCUUGAGGUAUGUGUUAGGCCGCUGGUCCCCUAGUAUCUGUAUACGAAUGGAGAUUACAAUUGUACCUCGGGUUACAAACACUUUGGGUUACAGACUCUGCUAACCCGGAAGUAGUACCUCGGUUUAAGAACUUUACCUCAGGAUGAGAACAGAAAUUGCGCGGUGGUGGCACAGCGGCUGCGGGAGGCUCCAUUAGCUAAAGUGGUGCCUCAGGUAAAGAAUGGUUUCAGCUUAAGAACGGACCUCCGGAACGAAGUAAGUUCAUAACCAGAGGUACCACUGCAGGUUCUAGAAAUGGAAUAAGCUCUAAAUGGCAUUUGCCAGUGCAUUUGUGUUUAUAUACAUGCAUGCCUUGCAGCUCUGUCUGAGCACAAUUCAAAGUGUUGGUGCUGACCUUUAAAGCCCUAAACGGCUUGACCCAGUAUACCUAAAGGAGCGUCUCCACCACCAUCCACUGAGGUCCAGCUCCGAGGCCCUUCUGGCGGUUCCCUCACUACAAGAAGCCAAGUUACAGGGAACCAGGCAGAGGGCCUUCUCGGUAGUGGCGCCCGCCCUGUGGAACGCCCUCCCAUCAGAUGUCAAGGAAAUCAACAACUGUCUGACUUUUAGAAGACAUCUGAAGGCAGUCCUGUUUAGGGAAGUUUUUAAUGUUUGAUGUAUUACCGUGUUUUUAAUAUUCUGUUGGGGGCCGCCCAGAGUGGCUGGGGAGGCCCAGCCAGAUGGGCAGGUAUUAUUCUUAUUCUUAUUCUUAUUAUUAAUGCAAUUCAGGUGGUCAAAAAUGCAAUGGGUUUGAAUACAGGGGACUAAAAGAAGCUGAGGAACAGCAGUCAAUCCUCAAGUGUUUUCAAAACGGACAAUAGAUUUUGGAAGGGAGGAGGCAUUUUUUACAAGUUGGACUGGGCCUAUAGAAAUGAUGUUAGGGUGCUGCCUUGUACAGUGGUGCCUCGCAAGACGAAAUUAAUCCGUUCCGCGAGUAUCUUCGUCUAGCGGUUUUUUCGUCUUGCGAAGCAACCCUAUUAGCGGUUUAGCGGCUAUUAAAGGCUUAGCGGCCUAGCGGCUUAGCUGCUAAAAGGCUAUUAAAGGCUUAGCGGCUUAGAAAAAGGGGGGGAAAGUGAAAAAAAAUCUCAAGACUCGCAAGACAUUUUCGUCUUGCGAAGCAAGCCCAUAGGGAAAUUCGUCCUGCGAAGCGCAUUGAAAAACGGAAAACCCUUUCGUCUAGCGGGUUUUCCGUCUUGCGAGGCAUUCGUCUUGCGGGGCACCACUGUAUUGCUUUUGCCGAUCUGCUUCAUAAAUGGUGUGUUGCAAGGAGGGCAACAUCUGUUUCAGAAAAGGUCUUGGAGGUUGUUGAGUAACAAGGGAUUAUUCAUGACCAGCUACUGGGAACCACUGGAGAGAAGUCAUUUGAAGCCCUGUAGGGUUGCUGACAUCAUGUGAUCAGCUGGGUUAAAGGACACAGGGGAUUAGGCAGGAUAUGGUUCCUCCUUUUGAAAUCUGGUGAAGUUCUUGACUAAAACAGGUUAGACAAGAGUUGCAGGGGCCAGGCGCAAGAGAGUGGCCAAGAUGCAACACUAGAAUUUCCUGGUUAAACUCAGAGGCUCUGUUUUCUAGAUUUGUGUUUUUUGAAACCCUAUUUAGAUCUGCAAAACAUACAUUUUAUAGUUCAUGUGCUGGCGCAUUGUCAUGGAAAGGGAACCGAAAAUAGUGAUAACUGUAGACAAUAUAUAAUCUGAGCACAUUUUCCCUUAAAUUAAUCAUCCUGUUUUGAAUGGCAAAAGGAAAUUAUGCCUCUUUUAAGAUAACAAUAUUUCCAUAGGAACAUUUUGAUUAUAUCUGUUCCAAUACAAUUACAGUUUUUACUGUAACAAGUCUUAAUCUUAGCAUUCUCACUGCCCUCACAAAUACUGUAAAUUUCACCUAAUAUAAUGUAUUUCUUUUCUAACCAAUCCUCAGAAAUGCCUCUUUCUACACUUGCUGCUAUAAUCAGGUAACAAUAAUAAUCUUGUUUGUGUUUUGCUUUUCUAGAUGUACUUUAGGUAUUGAAUUCACUGCUAGUUUUUGUUGGUUACCUGUUUGUCUUAACGCUAAUUUAUAUUGUCAAUUAGCCAUAUCCCUCUAGGGUUGGUAACACUAUUGAAACUACGAGUCUUGGAAAUAAGUUAGCAAAAGCUAGUUUUACAUACACACACCAUCUUGGUUUGACUGCUCUUUUUUGUAGUUGGGAAAAACCCCAAAAAGAACCCCAACUUUUAGAAAGUUUUUGGGCCUAGUUGCCUGGGAGUAAUUCACAUGCUCUGCUGGCUAAUUAUAAGCUUGAAUAAAGCACACACAGUAAAGGAUUACAUUCUCAUCAAUUUUAAUAGCUCUUUCAGUUAGUUCUGCGAAUCUGGUUCUGUGGAGCUCUGCUGUAAAGCUGAAAAUGUAAAACUUUAUUGCUGUUCGUAAUCGAAAACUUGCCUCCCCAGAGAAAGCACAUAUGCCCCCUUCUUAUUAGCAUGUUUGUGUGCAGCUCUGUUGCUCUUAGCUAGUUAUUCUAUAGUUAAACAGAAAUUUUAUGUUGUCUUAUGUUCAGUUUGGCAUUUAUAUACAUACACUUAUGGGAGCCACUUGUAAAAAUGAGUGGGAAUAUGAGGGGGUGUAUAUAGAAACUUCACAGUCCCAGUCUUGUGGUACAUUUACAUUGCUGGGGGAGAGGGAACAGGCCUUGGGACUCUUCGUUGUGUGGUUAGUGCUUAUAUUGUGGACUUGAUGGGCCCUUGUUAUUUUUGAACAGUAUAGAAGAUUGGUCCCAGGGUAUGGUCUAAGAAGGCCUUGCAGAAAGUAAGCAGGCUUCGUUAGUGCCUAGUACACCACCUUGAGUCCCAUGAUGUGGAAUAUAAAUGUCCUAAAAUGUCUGAGGGCCUUCUGGCAGUUCCCUUACUGUGAGAAGCGACAUUACAGGGAACCAGGUAGAGGGCCUUCUUGGUAGUGGCUCCUUCCCUGUGGAACACCCUCCAUAUCAAACAGAUAACUUUUGUUCAGGGAAGUUUUUAAUGGUUGAUGUUUUAUUGCGUUUUUAAUAUUUUGUUGGGAGUUGCCCAGAGUGGGUGGGGCAACCCGGUCAGAUGGGUGGCUAAUACUAAUAAUCAUGAUCAUAAUGCCUUUAGUCAUAUUCAGAUUUGACACUUUUGGAAAAUUGGUAGAAAACAGUUUGUUUUCUCUGGCCAUGUAAUUUGUGUUUUAAAGCUAAUUCUAAAUGCUUCAUCAACACUUUCUGUUACUGCUGAGUAGUAGUUUGUAUGAAAUUUAGCACAAUGUUCCAUUGACCUUCUAGGAAGAACUGAGUUCUUCUCAGAGACAGUAGUUUCGAUAAUGUGGCAGAGUUCUAAUAAAUUAAUUAGUUAAUUUGACAGUUGCCCAGGGUAGUUGUGGUGUCUGCUAGUAGUCAACUCUAAACACAAGCUAUACAUACCUUUGCUUGAUCUCAACGCAUCAACCCUCAUCUCGCAUACUGCGAUGCGUUGAGGUUAGUUUGGGCACCAUGGAAGCCAGUCAUUUGAAGGGGAAGGAUCCAGAUUGUGCUUGGGGCCUUGUUUCUCUGCAUGCGUUAUGGCCAAGCACAUGUGGGCUUCUUAAAUGUGCCUUGUAAACGUUGUCAGCCAUUUCUAUCCUUUUCUGUUAUUAAGAGGUGGAAUUGUAUGAAGCUUCACAGCAAGCAUUAAUGGAACAAAGUUCUCAUGCUGCACACAUGCACUGCGUUACAACUGCAGCAACAAUCCUAUAUGUGAGGCUAUUUCAGCCUUCCUCAACUUGAUAGCCAACAUUCAGGGUUGGUGGAAAUUACGUUAGCUGGGGUUGAUGGGAGUUGCGGUCCAAAUUAUCUGGAGGACACUAUAUUGAGGAAGUAUAAUGUAUAUUAUGUAGUAUGACAGCAUACAUUGGCAGUGUAAGCUAGACUCGGUCCCUAGUAACUUGGGGGUUGGAAUUAUAAUGAGUAAAAUGGAAUUAUUGCCUUUCUAACACCCUUGUCUUCCUAAGAUCAUUCUUCUUUCUGCCCUCUUACCUUUUACCAGCGUACAUUUUACUUGCCCAAAUCACCUUAAUUUUUCAACCCCUCAACUGCAACAGCUCUAUAAAUCCAAAUUCUUAGGUGCAGAUCGUCCUAUUCUUUAUCUUGUGGUUGGCAUAGAACUUUGGUUUUCACGAUGGAAGUUUUGGGUUCAUUUAGAUAUUGGGGUUCUGGCACUUCAUUUAGGGAUGACCCUGCUUUUACUGGUAGAUCACAUGGGGCUCAGUAUCUAGGAAGGAGAAUAUUACAAAAUUGAUGUAUGAAAACUUGUUUGCAAAUAGUUUGAACAUAGAAUAGGCCUUCCCAUGUUUGUUUGAAACUAUUGUAUUAAAACUGUCAACCUAGAAUAUUUGUACUGAACUGAGAUCUACAGUGUAAAUUAAAUUAUUUGACGCCAUAAUCCUGUGUAUGCUACUGGGGAGCAAGUCUCACUUUUGAGUGGACAUGCCUUCAAGAACUCAGAAUCAUAAAAUCAAAGGUGUUUUUCUUUUCUGUAUUUCUGCAGAAUCUGAAAGCAGAUCCAGAAGAGCUCUUUACAAAGCUGGAGAAGAUCGGCAAAGGUUCAUUUGGUGAAGUUUUUAAAGGAAUUGACAAUCAAAGUCAGAAAGUUGUUGCUAUAAAAAUUAUUGAUCUUGAAGAAGCCGAAGAUGAAAUAGAAGACAUUCAACAAGAGAUUACAGUGCUGAGUCAGUGUGACAGUCCAUAUGUUACCAAAUACUAUGGAUCUUAUUUAAAGGUAAGAGGCUUUAUGUUGAAAUGUCUUAUUUAAAAUAUGCACGUUUUACAAAUCAAUAUAUUUGUGAAAUUACAGAAUAGCAAUUAGCGGAAGAAGGAUGUUUUGAGUACUAGACUAAAUGGAUUGUUUAUCUUUUCCAUAAGGUUUUUUUUGGAAAGAGAUACAGUGUCUAUUUAGAUAUUGAAGUGUUAUUAAUUUAUGUGUUUAAUAUUGAUAAAAGUAAGCCUUUUUUUGGUAAAAUGGAAUAAUCCUGGAGGCUGUGUGUGUUACGUAUGAUAUUAUACAUACACACUCUUGCUUGUUUUUACACCAAUGCUAAACUUCCGCCAAAGAGAGGGCACUGAUUGCUUGAUAUUCUUGAUGCCUCUACUAUAGUGUUUUGUUUAAAUUUAUGAGGUUUUGAAUUUCUGAGUUUUUAGUUUAUAUUUAAAUUAGGUAUUUUGUAUGUUGUUGCUUUUGCUGUUGUAAGCCACUUUGAGACUUAGGUGGUGAAAAGUGGGUUAUACCGUAUUUUUCGCCCCAUAGGGCGCACCGGCCCAUAGGGCGCACCUAGUUUUUUGGGGGGGAAAUAAAGGGGAAAAAAAUAUUUCCCCCCCAGGCGCGGGGUUGGGGAAGCCCGAGCUUCCCCCGACCCCAGCCCCCAGAACAGGCUGCUAUCUGCAAGCCUAGGGAGCCCGGCGGGAAGUCGCGCCGGUCUCCCCAGGGUUGUGGAUAUCUGUCCGAAGCCCGGGGUGCGCUGCUCAGCACGCCCCAGGCUUCGGGAUGCAGGCUGCUAUCCACAAGCCUAGGGAGCCCGGCAGGAAGUCACGCUGGGCUCCCAAGGCUUGCGGAUAUCUUCCUGAAGCCUGGAGAGCGAGAGGGGUCGGUGCGCACCGACCCCUCUCACUCUCCAGGCUUCAGCGAAAGCCUGCAUCCGCCCCAUAGGACGCACACACAUUUCCCCUUCAUUUUUGGAGGGGAAAAAGUGCGUCCUAUAGGGUGAAAAAUAUGGUAAUUUUUCAAAAAUAUGUUACCCAGGGUUGCCUGCAUGGCACUGGGAACUGGGCCAGUGAAAUUCCAUUUGUGCAAUGGAGAAUGCCUAGCUGCUUCUCCAGUGGAGCUCCCUGUAUCCCCUUGGCACCCCAAGCUUCAGGUUUUUGAACUCCCAGGAAGGCCUGGGAUGUAAUGACAGGAGAAUUGGAGAAAAUCACGUGGAAGCAGCUUUUAGGCUCUGGAGUCUUGUCUGAUUUCCACUCAUGUAUUUCAGUUAGAAAAUAUGUAAACAUGGAAGUCUUAACUAGAUUGCAGAUACUAGUUGUCACCAUUAAUAAUAUAAUUCAAUAUCUGUUGCCCACCCUUCAUUCCAGGGUCCCAGGUCAGGUUACAGCGAUUCAAAACACAACUGUAAAAACCGUUUAAAGUAAGUUAGAAUCUCUUACUUUAAGUAAGUAAGGUGGUUACUAAAAAUAUACAUUUCAGGUGUCAAAGGCCCAGAUAAAAUAACUGCAUCUUCAGCAUUUCCUGUGUGGAGAGGGAAUUCCACAAUUUAGGGGCUACCACAGAGAAUUCCCUUACCCAAACCGCCCUCACCUGGGUAGUGGCAGUGAAACUGCCAAGACAUCCCCCUACCGCUGCUGAUCUUAACACCUGGGUCUGUAGAGAAGGCCAUGAUCUCUCAGAUAUUUGGGCCCUAAGUUAUUUAGGGUUUUGAACACUAGUGUGAGCAUCUUACUCACAUUGGACCCAGAAAUAAACUGGCAGCUAAUGCAGCUGUUUCAUGAGCUGCAUAUAUGAGUUCUGAAUGGAACCUGAGCUAGGAAUCUGGCCACCCCAUUUGGGACCAAUUUAAUAUUUCACAAGUUACAUACAGGUGCUUGUAUUUGAAUGUACAGAAACUGGUUCUCUUUGAUGCUAGCAAACCAGAAUGAGGAACUGUUUUUGGCAAGGUUUUCUUUUUGUGUUAGUGAUGAUGAGCACCUCGGAAUGAUACAGCUUGGAGACAUAUUUACUCAGGCCUUCAUGUAUGUGAAACUAGAAUAUGCCUGUGAAGUCUUUCAAAGCGUAAUGAUAGUGUGAAAAUAGAGUGGCAAUAUGGUUGGAUGGCAUGCUCUUGUACUUUGUCUAACCUACUGCUGGCUCUUAGAUGGUGGAACAUCUAAUAGUGAGAUGGUUUGAUGUGCUGGGUGCCAUGAUGAUGGAAUAUUAGAGCUGUAUUCAACAGAAAACUGGCCGUUUUUAUCAAUCCCUUCUUCUUAGCUUUCCAUAGAGUGAUUAAAACCAAUAGACUUUACUCAAAUAUGUGUUUCUUCUAAAAAGCCGAGCAAGUUCAAAAACAGGAAAAUGAAAUCUUCCUGAAAAAGGGAGAAGGCAGCUCUUGUAUUGGAAAGAAUGCAAUAAAAUUGUUUCCUUGUCCCGUAUUUACUGCAUUCUUAUUCUAUCUUUCAUUAAACCAAAACCAAGAAGUCUUACAAAUAAUACACAGAGCUUAAAAUCUCAAUGGAAAAUCCAAUAUGGGGGGGGGGAGGGAGGGAUGAAACAAAACAUUUAACGAAACCACAGACUUCUGUAGACUUAGCAUCGUCUUUCCUUCCUCAGUGUUUUGAGUGGUUUUUACAACACUUCCCAGUUCAGUAUAAUAGAUUGUGCUUAUACUUCUUUUUUCGUUUUAAUCUGCUGAAUGAUCAUUUGUCAUGCCACUGUAUGUUCUGUAUUGGUGAGAAUGCAUAAUAUGCUAUAGAUCAGAAAUGAUUAUCUUGAUCGGUUUUCUAUAUCUCAAGUGAGUAAAUGUCAGUGAUAUUCUUGAUGGCCCAAAAAAGAGAAAAAACACUACAAUGUCAUGGUUGCGUUUUGCCCUCCCCCCCAAAUCCCAAGGGCAUUUUAUUUAAACAUGUAGGUUUACAUUUCACAUUAAUUCCAUGGGUUCUGGAAGCUUACACAAAUAUGUGUAAUUUUAUAUUUUUAGAAAGGAAAUGAAAGAAAGAAACACAACCCUUCUUUGAAAACAUUCCAGAAAGAGGCUGCAGAGCAAUUAGUAAUUGUGAUAUAGAUCUUCGUGGGAGGAGUGAGAGCACAAACUUCUAGUAGUUUAUGGUCUUAAUAAAUCUCGGCUAAUCCAGAUUUAGCAGAUCCGAACCUGCAGGGAGGUGUUAAAUUGAGAUUCCUUCAUAAAUCAGGGUGGCUCAAUUUUUCACAUCAAGUGGGCUGCAAGAGUACUUUGACCCAGAACCCGGGGGCCACACAGUGCCUUGGCAAGGCCAAAAUUUGACAGUCCCCCCCCCCCAAGCCCUCAUUGUGCCUUCCCAAAGCAAGGUGCCAGGCUCUGGUAGGGUCCUAGAGCCCUCCUAUCUCCUUAAAAACCAAACCAAACACAUUUUUAAUUGGUUUUUAAAAAAUACAAAUAGAAUAACCAUUAAACACUUCUCUAGCAGUACAUAUAAUGGUGUUUGUUUUACAUACACUUUCAACACUCAAACAUAGUACUUAACGUAACCCCUCCAUGGAGAGUAUUGAGCAGUUGAUAUAGGAAAGGUCUUGAUUUUUGGUCAUUAACACAGUUAAAGAAAGGGGUCCACAUUUCUUGAAAGUUGUCUGUUUGUUAUGCCUCGAAUUUGUCUGCCCUUCUGUGUCUGGUGAUGCUCAGACAUUGCCUUUUCCCAUAUGUUCAGGGCUAGCCCUCUCAUCUCCUUCCCAAAGCUGGGAAAGCACUAAUUUGACUUUGGGAAGGCAAAACUCUGGGGGCCCCCUUCUUAAAGCCCAGCACUUCACUCACCCACCUUGGAGAAGGCAGAGCAAGGGCUGGAGGCAUCGAACAUUGCCGAGGGGCUCCCCAAAAGGCCUCAGGGGUUGCUCGUUGGGCCAUCCUGCCAUAAGUGAUUAGGAGUCCCCAAUACAUAAGUCCAUUGGAAUGUCAUGGAGGUGAUCAACAUGAGAUGAGGCAUAUAGGACCAGUUCUGCAGUUUCCAAAAUGAUUUGCAGCCAGUGGACAAUAGGCUCGAACAGGUUCCAUAACCACACUCAUAACAUCUUCCCUGUGGGCCCUGCUACCUGUCACAGGUGCCACUCCCUCUCUGUGGACUGAAUGUCUUUAGUGGGGUUGUUAUGCUAUGAACUGUAUCCAAUGGAACGUUUCUUGUGCGAUGGAACAAACCGUUCUCCUUUCCCCCAUGCAUUGUUGAAAUCGGCUCCAAACUGUUGGGGGCUCCCUCCAGAACAGAUAUUGGAGGCACGGGGAGCCUGCAGGGAGGAUUUGAGAAAAGGACAGCCCCAUUGCUUGAGUAGAACUCCACCCACACAGUGUUGGCUUACAAACCUCUAUACUAUUUGUUUAUCUUCCCUAUGGAGUCAUUGGUAUCUUGGAUUGCGAAGCUUUGGGUGGGGAGUGUUUGGGUUGGUGGUGGUUCUGGCAGUAUCUGUGCUGGGCUGUGUGGCACUCUUCUGCAGCAUUAGGAUGUGGAGUCACAAGUCCCCUCAGAGCUGUCUAGUAUUUUCCCUUGAAUUGGUGACCUAGUUGCUGCUCAAGGCCAGGGUUACAAAAGUUGGGCAAUUCCCGCAAGGCCAGCUGAUAGGUUUGAUGGAGUUCUUUCAGGGAACUGCAGAGAGAGAUUUGUUUUUGCUGAUAGUUCUGCUUGCUGUAUAUACACAGGCAUGGUUUCUUCGUUUUCCCCCCAGCUUGACUCUGAAAGCGCUGGUUGACUGCAAAGCAGACAUUGACCCAGAAUGUACCAGAUCAGCAUAUGCACUUCUGCCUUGUAGUGCCCCUUUCCAUUUCACAUGGGUAGUCAGGGCUUACCAGUGUUAAAUGCAGCUGCCGCAAGGAUUCCUUUGUUUAGGAAGCUCUGAGGUCCUUCUGGCGGUUCCCUUGCUGCAAGAAGUGAAGCUACAGGGAACCAGGCAGAGGGUUUUCUCGGUAGUGGCGCCCACCCUGUGGAAUGCCCUCCCAUCAUAUGUGAAGAACUAUGAAGACAGUCCUAUGUCGGGAAGUUUUUAAUGUUUUAUUAUGUUUUUGUACAUGCUGGAAGCUGCCCAGAGUGGCUGGAGUAACCAGUCAGAUGGGAGGGGUACAAAUAAUAAAAUUACUAUCAUUAUUAACAUGUUCUCAGCCUUAAUAAUAGGUAAUAGCGCUUGAAUGUCACCAGCUCUGUCUCAUAGCACCAUGUGAAUGCAAUGUGCAUUGCAUUUAUUGCUUGAAUUUCAAUUUUGCAUUAUACUGGAUGCUCCACGGUCUUUUCUCCGAUUCAAGCCAGGGACUGGCACAGAAGUGUUAUGGCUAGAACAGGGGAAGUUGGGUGUUGCACAAGCAACCUUAAUCUGUCAAAAUUCUACUCUCAUUGCAUACCUUCUGAGCAGUAGAGUAGAAGCCAGAGUUGUUCUGGCAAUGAAACCUGUUUUUUGUGAUCACCUCCCUGGCUCUUUCCUACGCCUUCAUGAAAGGCCUUUUGAGGCCAGUUCUGCAGCAUUCUUGGGCGUUAUGCUAUUUUGAAACCUCGGUGAGCUUCAUUAUUUAGAAGCGUCUAGCCUUGGUAUGCAGAACCUCUUGAAGAAAAGCAGAAUCACAGUCCCUUAUUGCAGUGGUUUUCAACUGUUGUGCUGUGGCAUUGAAUGAUGUCUGUUGCGCUGUGGCUUUGAAUGAUGUGCUGGAAUGCAUUGAAUGAUAGUCAGGAGUGCUGUGGGCAACACUGGCCUCUGUCCCUCCUUCCUUCCCUCUCUUCUCUGAUUCCCUCUUGUGUCUCUGCCUCCCAAAGGCUUGCACAGCUGUUUGUUGCAGCAGCCCUGCCUACAAGCUCCCCAGGCAAAUGGUGCCUCUGGUUCUGGCCAGGGGGUGCUGGGUGACAGGAGCUGAGGUGGCCUUGGAAUAAGCAAGCAAGUGGGUGAGGGAGCUCAGCCAGCCUGCCUGCCAGUCCUUGGGAAUGGACAAACAAGUCCCAGGCCCCUGUGGGGCAGUGUGAGGAGGAACCUAUCUUUGGGGUGGGUGGGGGCAGCUCAGAGAUCAGGGGUGGCAGCAGCAGCUGCCCAGAGGAUUCCCAAGGAGAGGAGAGAGGAGGCUGAGGGAACACUCCACAAGGAAGGGUGUUCAAAAAAGGGUGAGAGGCUGCCAGCUCUGCAGGCACGUUGUGACAUAACUGGGCCCCUGAGCUGCUAUGGGGUGCUGCAGAAAGAAUGUAGUUGGUCAAGGGAGCCAUGGACUCAAAAAGGUAGAAAAACUCUGCCUUAUUGCAUGCCUUCAGAUCAUUGCUUUAGGCUGUUUGCCUGCUCAGCAUUCAGGCUUUUUGUGCUGCCGAAGGGUUUUUCAUCUAGUAGAUGAGAGAGACAAGUUGGUCUAAUGAAAAAGACUGCAGUACCUGCUCUGUACUUGCUAAUCUUUAGAACCACCUAGAUGGACAAUAUUUACAUCAUACUAUAGGUAUAGGUCUGGAAUCAGAACAGUGACUUGCUUUAAAAAAAAUUAUAUAUAUAUAUAUAUAUAUAUAUAUAUAUAUAUAUAUAUGUAUCUUCACCUGGUGCAAGUAGUAGUUGCUUCUUAGUUAGGAACUUGUUGCAUCAUUGGGGGAAGUUGAGUCAGGAGGCCUUCCACUUGCCUGAUGAGUAGGAAGAGCCACCUUUGCCACGUAGGUGAGCUGAGGUACAGGUUCCCUUUGCUGUUGUGUGAUUCGGGGAAUGUAGCCUCUCUUCCUUCUAUAACAUCCAUCUGUGUAUUUGAGUCUGUAUCAUGUCCCAGUAGGUAGCUCUGGACCAUUUGGCUUUUUAAAGCAAGACUAUGAAACCCAAGUUAGACAUCUUCCAUGGGUCAUACAGUGUAGUCACACAAACCCCAUGUACUAUCCCACUUAGUUAAAAACUCAGAUAUAUAAGCUAGGUGCUAAAUUUCAAAUGACGGGACUGUCAUCUGGCUAGUUCAGAUGACAGCUUUGAGCUAGGUUAAGAGCUUUGAGAACCUAAAGGAGAAAAGUCACUUGAUCCAUGGACAGUCCACAUGUUUAUUGGGCUAUUCUGACUUUUUCUUUUUCUUAAUGGUGAUCGCUCCUGCUCAGGCUGCACAGAAAAAGCAUUUAGGUUCCAGAAAUUCAUUCUGAUUUUACAGAUAAAAUACAACUGAUAGAAUUCUACAGGCUGGGGUGUUAGUGUGUGGAAGCUUUUCCACAUCCAAUGAUCCCCAGAUGGUGGAGAUGUCAGGCACCAUCCUGGUGACAAGGCCACUUCACUUGGUCACAAGUGGUCAAAAAAACAGGUGCAAAACAGGUGGCUGUUUUUGAACACUGCUAAGUACAUUCUGUUUGGACUGUUGUGUGGUAUGAGGGAUGUACGCAGGAUCAAUGCUGUUCCAUUGUGCCUGUGUUGAUCUAAUUUAGUAACAGCUCACUAGUUUGACUUUUCAUACCUUUGCAUCUCCAUGGGUAAACAUGUUGUUAACACAUUGCAACAUGUUUUAGUGCCUGCAUUUUAAAAAACCAGUCGAUAUCUGUAAAUGUCUUUAUUUAUCUGUACUACAAAAUACUCUGUAACUGUAUACAGUCGUACCUGGAAGUCAAACGGAAUCUGUUCCGGAAGUCCUUUUGACUUCCAAAACCAAAGCGUGGCUUCUGAUUGGCUCUACGAAGCUCCUGCAGCCAAUUGGAAGCCCCAUCGGAUGUUCAGCUUCCCAAAAUAUUUCGCAAAUUGGAACAUUCACUUCCGGGUUUGCGGCAUUUGGGAGCCAAAACGUUCAAGAACUAAGCUGUUUGAAAACCAAGGUGCGAUUGUACUUAAUAAACCUGCUUCUGUUGUAUCAGAAUAGGAAUACUAUUUCACCACUAGAUGGCCCUGAAUUAUUAGUCUAUUUUGUGCAAGGAAGGUUUGUGGUCCCCCCCCUCAAACUUAUUGGCUAGCCAGUUUUCUUUAAAAGUCUAUUUAAAUUCAGAUGGAGGAGAGGGGGAAAUAUACUGCUCAUUCUGCCAACCUUUAGGGUUUAGAGUAAGUAAAAUACUUUAAAUAUAUGGCUGUGAUAAAAAGACUACUUACAAAUAUUGCCAGAUCAAAGGAUCUAAAGCCCGAACUACUUGGAGCCAAAUGGUGGUUAAUGGAUUGAGAUUGAAUCCCGACAAGACAGAAGUACUGUUUCUGGGGGACAGGGGGCAUGCAGGUGUGAGGGUACAUUUCCAAGCACAAUUCAAAGUGUUGGUGUUGACCUUUAAAGCCAUAAACUGCUUUGGCCCUGAAUACCUGAAGGAGUGUCUCUUCACUCCCAACAUUCAGCUUGGACACUGAGAUCCAGCUCCGAGGACCUUCUGGCAGUUCCCUCGCUGCGAGAAGUGAAGCUACGGGGAACCAGGCAGAGGGCCUUCUUGCUGGGCAGAACCGCCUCCCAUCAGAUGUCACGGAGAUAAACAACAAUCUGAUUUUUAGAAGACAUCUGAAGGCAGCCCUGUUUAGGGAAGUUUUUAAUGUUUGAUGUCUUACUGUGUUUUAAUUUGUUGGAAGCCGCCCAGAGUCGCUGGGGCAACCCAGUCAGAUGGGCAGCAUAUAAAUAUUUAAUAAUAAUAAUAAUAAUAAUAAUAAUUAAAUGGGACACCUGUCCAAGAGGCUUACAUAAUGGGCCUGCGACAAGGUGGAAUGGAAACACAGUUUUGACAACUGAAAAUGAGCCAGAGGGAGGAUGAGAUCUUGGGCAAGUGUUCAUAUACCUAGGCAAAUACUCUGUUUCAUAAGCAACUGUAAUGUGUCAGUAACAAUACAAAUACCAUGCAAAUAACAUCCAAGUGGCAGUUCAUACUAGAAAGCAGCUGGAAGAUAAGGGAAGCAGAAGCUGAAGAAAGACCUAUGAGUGGAGAGAAGAGUGUUGUCCUUUUCCCAUUCUUGGAGUUUCCUCUGGGAAACUCGCCAAACCUGCUGCACCUGCAACUGGGUACAGAGAGUGCAGCCAACUGCUCAGUGAACAUGGCUGUGCUGGACAGCCUGAGGAAGCUCUGCCCACCUUGCCCAUGAAAAAGCAAGUCUAGAGCGAGAGACUAGGGUUAGGUCCGCAGCAACCUUGCUCUUUGUGAGACUUUUGUGGGUGAGCUGAGAGUUUGUUUGGACUCUGGGUGAGUUCCAGGGUGGAGCCCUGGGUGAGAGCCAGGAAGCUGAUAGGGAGGGUGUGUCCAGAGGCAAAAGAACUGAUAUUGUCUUAUACUUAUUCGUAAUGUUGUAUUAAUGCAAAAUAUUUCUAUAUGUCAACUCUGUGUUUUUGUAGUAUUUGUUGCUUAAGCUGUCUGUUGUUGCUUUAGUAUUUUGUAUACCACAUAAAAGAUAUCUAUCCAUCGUCUAUCAAUCUAUCUAUAUCUGUCUCAUCUCUACCUAUAGUGGGACCUUAGUUCUUGAACUUAAUCUGUUCUGGGAGUCUGUUCGACUCCCAAAACCGUUCAAAAACCAAGGCAUGGCUUCCAAGUGGCUGUAGGAGCUUCCUGCACUCAAUCAGAAGCCGCAGAAGCCACGUCGGAUGUUUGACUUCCGAAAAACAUUCGCAAACUGGAACACUUCUGGGUUUGCGGCAUUCGGGAGCAGAUUUGUUAGGGAACCAAAGUACCACUCUUAUCUAUCUAUCUAUCUAUCACUCUAUCUAUCUAUCUAUCUUCUAUCUAUCUAUCAUCUACCUAUAAUUUAUCUAUCAAUCAUCUAUCUAUCUAAUCUUAAGCGAUAGAGAAAUGAUAUAAAUAAAUAAAAACCUUCACAUCGGGUUUCAUGUCAGGGAAAAGCUAUUUGUGUUUCAGCUCCUUUUUUAGCCCAUGUUUAAGUUGCACCAUUCCUCAGGUGUGAAAUUAUUUCUGCUUUCUUUGCAUUCUGCUUUGGAUUCUCUCUCUCCUCCCCGACCCCCUUUGUGGUUUACUAUUUUGGAUGGAUGGGGAUCUUUCAAUGAAAAGGGCAAAUGUGCUAUGUGCAGAACCAGAAUAACUUAUCUGACAGCAGGGAUCUUUGGGGCAGCUUGCAGUAAGAAUUGGUUGUUUAGAAGAUAACAUUUGGAGCUGAGUAUUUCUCCCAUCAAAGGGAUGUAGUUCAAGGGCAGAUAGCAUCCAUCAUGAUUCGAGGGACUUCAAAAGAGGUAAGCAUCUUAGAAAUGCUCACCAGCCAAUGGCUUCUAAUCAGUUCUGCAACCUGUCUUGAGAAUGAUCUUCAGCCCAACAUUUUCAUCUCUCAAAGGUUUCCUUGCAGGAUUAUAGAAACCCUAUAAUCCCUGAGAUUGCACCUUCUGAUUCCAGGCCUUUUCGUGUUAAAGGUGGUACACUACAAUUGGCAAAGUCAAUCUAGUCAACACAAGGAAAUCAUUAAAAUGCAUUAUUGGUCCUUGGAUCUGAAGCAAGACUAGAGCUUCGGUGUCUGGGCUCAUCUCUUAAGUGGAUACCACGUUGAUUUGACAUACCACAAAUGAGUAUUUCUGCUUUAUGCUCCCUCUUAUCUUUACCAGUCCUUUUUCGCAACAUUGGACAAGUUGCUUAAGUGGAACUCAGCAAGAAUGGAAGAAAUACAGCUUACUCACUCAUCUAGUGAAAUCUGCUCCUGCCCAUAAAAACCUAGGCUUCAGUAAACCAGUUGUCUGCAUUUCUUGCUGCAAUUUUUAAAAGAAGCAUCUUCCAACCCUAGUUUUUGCUGAAGAUGCUACAUACUUGAUUUGUAAAGGUGUUUUUGUUUUUUAAUGCUUAUAAUGUUACCUGGAGAAGUGAGAUUUAACAACUGGAAGAUAGUGAUCAAAGGAAACAUAGAUAAAAGGGUUGCAGAGGUUAGUCUGUGAAUGUAGGAGUAAAACAUUUGGACGACUUAAAGUACUCAAGUCUCAUUUUCUUAGUGGAUGACUUCCAAGCAUUUUACUUGUAGAGGCCUUUAGAACAUUGUAGGUUACACCUUUUAUUAGAACUAAUACAGAAAUGGAAAUGAAGGACUUUGCCUGCCAUUGUUUAGUUCCCCAUCCAUAGGUCAAGGAUCUGGUCUAAAGCAUCUCUGUUGCAAAGAAUGGUCCACUUUCAACUUCAGUGACAGAUUCCCUUCUUUGCCAGACUUUGAUCUUAAGAAGCUAACUCACUAACUCCUUCUGCCUUGGGGAUCAAGUCUGCUUCAAGUCAUUUAAUCAGUAUUUUUUGACAUAUUCUAUUGGGCUAGAGAUUUCAUGUAAGUUCAGGCAAUUGGUUUCUAUGCUUCUUCACUCCUGGAGUUCAAAAAUUCUUCCUAAUGUGAGUCUUAGCCCUUUGUGGGUGCAGGAUGUUGUCAUCUCAUAUUGGAGAAAAGCUCAGCCUUGUUUUUGAGAAGUCUUAUUUCCCAUUUCUCUCCUCCAAACUGAACAUAUUGGUUUUUCCUCCUGCUAUUUAUGGGUCAUCAGUUUUAGGCCUCUAAUAAUCUUUAUUUUGUUUCUAUGGAUACUUCCAGGUGUUUUGUCCCAAAUGGAUGUGACCAGAGUUGAAUAUGACACAGACAUCAUCCAUUUGAAUAUAUUAGGAGACUUAGCAUGAAUCACCUGUCCUUUCUUACUUAUAAUAACCUUUUUAAUGCAGCACAUGUGAUAUUGGCUUCUCGCCAAACUGUUUCUUUGGUUCUAAAACUUACAUUCAUGCCCACAUAUUUUAAUGCUGUAAUUCCUCCUUGUGCCAUUUGCGGGAUACAGGGAGUUCCCUGAGCUCUUCCUCCAUAAAUAUCAUCUUCCAUGUUCGGGAACAAACUAUAGAGAAAACUAUUUCUAGACUAGGGCAAAGAGGCACCGUUGCUCUGAAAAUAGGCCAAAUACUCAAGAAUGUAGUAAACCCCCUCCCCCUUACAUUCAUUGAAAUGAUGGUAAGACAUUCAUGGGCAAUACAUUUGGAUUGAGAUCUUAGGUGGUGCAAUGGGUCAAUCCAUCUGGCUUUGAACCAGAAGGUUGGUGGUUUGAUCCCACCAAGGGACAAUUGUGGACAAGAUUCCACCAUUGCAAUGGGUUGAGCUAUAUGAUGUUGGAGGGUCCCUUCCAAUUCUACAGUUCUAUGAUUCUGUGAGGCUAAGAGGGAGUUAUUGGUAAAUUGAGGGGGAGAGCUGGUGAAAAGCAGUUGCAAAUAACAUUUGCUAUAUCGACUAAUAUUGUGUUUGCAGAGCAAGAAGACCCUGUCCCCAGGGUUACCCUGUGAUAGUUUCCCUUUCAUUAUAUAUGUUUCAAGUGCAUGAUAAAUAUCAUAUUGUAUGUUGGCCAAAAUGUUUGUUCAUUCAACUGUCAGAGAAGCAGAGUAUAAAGGGAUAUUUUCCUCAGUAAAUAGAUUCACUUAAUUGAGCCAGCAGUAUUGCAAGCAAGGCAAGUUUGGCUUUUUGGCCUUGAAAGCGCAUUUAAAUACACAAAAGAGUGUAUGUAGCAAUCAGAGCUUUCCAUUUAUUUUUAAAAUUUACAGCCUUUUGCAGCUUCUGGGAAUUUAAGAAGCAGCUUCGAUGGCUGAGGAGGCGAGACUGUAGUUGCCUUAAAAAGAAAAAGUUAAAAUCUCUUAUGCGCAUGUUGAGUGAGCUGCAGACUUUUUUGGAUUGCAUCCAUUGACUCUUUAAGAAACUGUUUGCUUCUGUAUUUGGAGGGAAUGAGUCACGAGUCUGCGGAACUGCUAAUAUUAAACAAACUGAUUGCUGGCAGUGAAUUGUGCUUGGAUGGUAUUUAAGUGUAGGGUUGCUGAGGUUGUGCACCCAUGACUGUGCUGGAAAAAUAUCCUAAGCCUGAGAUCCACAUAUGGUAGAAAUGCAAAAUAAUGUUAAUGGUGUUGUUGUUGUUUGCUUCAUUUAUGAAUUGUUUCUGUUGAAGCAAUUUCACAAUACAAUAAAAGCAUGUAUAAGACAACAGCAUAUAUAAAAAUUUCAGAUCUAACACAGAUACUGAUUAGGAUAAAAACCACUGCUUAGCAGACUUGCUGAAAGAGGAAAUGGCGUCUUCAUAAUAACCUUCUUAAGUUGAGGAAUGUUUUCUCCUGGUGCCUAAAAAUAUAUAAUGAAGGCGGCCAGGCGAACUUCCCUGGGAAGAGCAUUCCACAAACGGGGAGCCACUGCAAAGAAGGCCCUUUCUCGUGUUGCCACCCUCUGGACCUCUCGAGAAGAGGGCACAUGAAAAAGGGCCUCAGAAGAUGAUCUCAGGGUCUGGGUAGGUUCACAUGGAAAGAGGCGAUCCUUGAGGUAUUGUGGUCCUAAGCCACUGUAGACAAAGAUUGGAAUAAUGGGCAAGCUGUCCUUUGAGGAACACCUGCCAACCAUUAUUGAUCUUUGGUUUGAGGGACCCCUGAAGAGUUUUUGGGCAACCCUAGGGAUCCUUGGAACAUAGCUUGUAAGCUACUCUACUCAAGUAUAUAUAUAGUUACGGAUGUUUCUACUCUACUCAAGUAUAUAUAUAAUUAUGGGUGUAAAAUUUCUGGAAUUUUCAAGACAAUUUGCCCCUUUUGGAAGAAAACUGAAACUUUUGGAGAAAUUGAAAUAUAUCCAUUAAUUGCUUUUUUAUGAAACCUAAACUUAUUUCACUGCUUUAACUUGAAACACAUCAUUUUUAAGUUGACAUACAAAGUGAUACUGUUUGAUAUGUUUACGAAAUGGGUGUUUACUCUGAAGACUCACUCUGUUUAGUAGUAGAAGAACUUAUUUCCAGGAUAAGGGCCUCAAAAGUAUAUGUUCCUUAGUUUUGCAGAAGCAAAAUUGCAGGAGAGAGCUGUGUGUGUGUUUAUAUAUUUCCCUUCAGUCAAAACCAAUUCCGGGAGUAGCUUAUGAAUAUUUGUGGUAAGACAAUGCUUGCUCCCCAGGCUUACAUUUUAAAAGGCAGGGCACAAAAGGAAAAGGGACUGGGCACUAUUUUUUACUUAUAUAUAAAGCAUUAAUGAAAACGAUGUAAAAAAAAAAUUCUUACAUUUUUUUUUGGCUGAUAUUUAGAUAAAUAUUUUUCUACCUUUAUAGGAUACAAAAUUAUGGAUAAUAAUGGAAUAUCUUGGCGGAGGUUCUGCUCUUGACCUUGUAAGUAAUCAGCUUAUAGUAAUGGAACUAAAGGGUAUUUAUCUGAAUUUGCAGUUCUUUCUAUGUGCAUUAUAAAUUCAGAGUGAUGUACAGUGAUGUCUGACUGCUUAAACAGAAAGACAUCCAACUUCUUUUCUUUCCUCUCCAGCACUCCUGCACCCCAAAAACUGCUCUGGUGUGCCCCAACCCUACAGGUCAGAUCUUGAGAGUGCAUUGGAGGUGCAAGCGGGAAGUUGGGAAGAAGAAAAGUUUUUGCUACACUGGAUCUCCCCAAUAGGAAUUUACCAUAUUUUUUGCUCUAUAAGACUCACUUUUUCCCUCCUAAAAAGUAAGGGGAAAUGUGUGUGCAUCUCAUGGAGCGAAUGCAGGCUGCGUAGCUAUCCCAGAAGCCAGAACAGCAAGAGGGAUUGCUGCUUUCACUGCGCAGUGAUCCCUCUUGCUGUUCUGGCUUCUGAGAUUCAGAAUUUUUUUCCCCUUGUUUUCCUCCUCCAAAAACUAGGUGCGUCUUGUGGUCUGGUGCGUCUUAUAGAGAGAAAAAUACGGUAUUUAUUUGUUGCAUUUAUUUCCCACCCUCACUUUGAUGAUUCCAAGCCAGCUUCAUGUAAGCCUCAUAAAUUUGUGCUAACUAACUUUAGUAAAAGGGUAAAUUUAUGUACCUGAACCAUUAGUUCUUGGCUUAAUAAUACAGGAAAAAGUACUUUGAUUGUGUCAUUUGAUUUUUAUUGGAAUAAAUGCCCCAUUCUUAAUCAUCUUCCUUGGAUAUUGAAUAGGAAAACUGUGAGCCAUGAUCCGCUGUAAUAAAAUUGGAAUAAUGAUGAGUGAGCAGAGGCUGUUUGCCUCAAAUGGCUCUGUCCUCCUAGAGCAGCCCAGUCAAACACGGAGAACUCCACAAGUGAUUCAGUAUUGAACUGAUUAUAGGGGAGCAGAUUCCCUUCCGGCUGAAUGCCUGAUUCUUCGGCACCCUCCCUCCGAUUCCUCGCAGCCUAUCCCAGUUCCCAAGGGGAAAAGCUUACACCCCGAGUUGGCUUUUUGUAAUGCCACUGUCUGAGAACAUGAAUUUGCAGAAAUGGUCAAAAUAAAUACUUCUGUAGUUUUGUGUCGUUGCUGAUUGCUCACGUUUUCUCCUCUAUUGUGUAUGAAGUGUCUAAAAUUCUUGACUUCAAUUUCCCCACCCGCAAAGGUUUAUCAGCUGUAUUUGUGCGACAUUUAUCUUGGAAAAAUAAUCUGUUGUGUUUUCUCCUAGUUAGAACCAGGGUCUCUUGAUGAAAUCCAGAUUGCUACGAUAUUGAGAGAGAUUCUGAAAGGCCUUGAUUAUUUGCAUUCAGAAAAGAAAAUCCACAGAGAUAUUAAAGGUAAAACUUUGUAAGGUUUGUGUUUCAAACGCUUUGGGUUGGAUCUAGUCUUAGUCAUGGUUAGAGUAGACCCACUGAAAUCUAAUCACAAAAGCUAGUCCUUAUUUCUGUGGGUCCUUGACUAAGCCAACCUGUUUAGCUUAAACAUUCGAACUCAACAUUCUUUUUUUUUUAAAAAAAAUAUUUUCUAGCUGCUAAUGUGCUGCUGUCUGAACAAGGAGAAGUCAAACUAGCAGAUUUUGGUGUAGCCGGACAACUAACUGAUACACAAAUAAAGAGAAAUACCUUUGUGGGUACACCGUUUUGGAUGGCACCAGAAGUAAUAAAGCAGUCAGCGUAUGAUUCAAAGGUAAGAUUAAAGGAGGACUUUUUAGGGUUCAGAGUUGGGCCUGAAAAUCUUUUCUUCUGUUGUCUUUGUUAGGUGAAACAAUAUUAUUCUGCCAUGCUGAUAUUGAGACACACACACACACACACACACACACACACUCUGGUACCUUGGUACUCAAACGGCUUGGCUCCCGGACAAAUCGGCUCCCGAACACUGUAAACCUGGAAGCCAAUGUUCCGGUUUGCGAACAUUUUUCGGAAGCCUAAUGUCCAACGUGGCUUCUGCAACUUCCGAUUGAGUGCAGGAAACUCCUGCAGCUAAUCAGAAGCUGCACCUUGGCUUUUGAACGGUUUCUGGAGUCGGACUCCCGGAACGGAUUAAAUUUGAGAACCAAGUACCACUGUAUACUGUAUAUUUUCUAUAUAUAGGUUUGUAUAUAUACUGUAUGUUUUAUUAACACUUAUCACAGUACAAUAAAAGACAAGCUAGGCCCAACCACACACACACACACACACACACACACACACACACGAAGAAGAAGAGAGAAUAAAAGAAGAAAAGAUAGAAGAGAUAAAAAGUACAUGAUUCUCUCUCCCCAGUAUAUCUUAACUUUUGUCCCAAACCAAAAAGGGCGUGUCCUCCCAGCUGUCACCUGGGAGCGUUCCUCUCUUCUCCCAGCCUCUCAUCCUGAGAGAUUUCUGCUUCCCUGUCUCUCACACAAGGACCUUCAGACUGUACAUCACACUGAAAUUUUCCUAGGAUCCCUUUUGUAUAGCCCUUAUUGCUCAUGCAGGUGUUUAGGAUUAUAAUAUUUCCAGAAUUGUUACGUAAACGGGUUUGAAAAACAGACCGCUCAUGUUUAUUUUGAGUGCUUAUUUCGAAUACCUAAAAUUAAGAUGCAGGGGGGAGGGUGUGUUUAUUUAAUGAAUGAUCAGUCAGUGAAAUGAAUGAAAUGUUGCAGUUGGUUUCAACGAAAGGGCUCCCUUUUUGCCUCCCUCCUGUAAGUAAGAUGGCUUCUGUGUUACAGGCAGAUAUCUGGUCACUGGGCAUAACAGCCAUAGAGCUUGCGAAAGGUGAGCCUCCGCAUUCAGAGCUGCAUCCCAUGAAAGUUCUCUUCCUGAUCCCAAAGAACAACCCACCAACGUUAGAAGGAAACUACAGCAAACCUCUGAAGGAGUUUGUUGAAGCCUGCUUGAACAAGGACCCAAGUUUUGUAAGUUGUUUUGGUUUUUCCAAACCCCAUAUACCUUUGGUCAUGUUGCUUAACGCACAUGUGGGAAAAUGGAAGACUGAACUGUCGAUAACAUUUGAACGUUCUGUGUAUUGUAUAUACUUUUUUUACAACAAAAUAAUUUUAUUCUGAUACAUCCCUGUUUUUUGUGGAGCUUUAUCGUGAAAAUGUCUGCCUUUCUCAUUCCCAUGUUAACUUUUAAAAAAUUGAUUACACAUUGAAUUAAUAAUAAUAAUAAUAAUAAUAAUAAUAAUAAUAGUAAUACAGUGGUGCCUCGCAAGACGAAAAGAAUCCGUUCCGCGAGUCUCUUCGUCUUGCGGGUUUUUUCGUCUUGCGAAGCAAGCCCAUUAGCAGUUUAGCGGAUUAGUGCUACAGUAUUAGCGGCUUAGCAGGCUUAGUGGAUCAGCUGAUAAGCGGCUUAACGAUAAGCUGAUAAGCGGCUUAAGGAUCAGCUGAUAAGCGGCUUAACGAUAAGCUGAUAAGCGGCUUAACGAUCAGCUGAUAAGCGGCUUACCAUCAGCUGUUAAGCGGCUUAGCCAUCAGCUGAUAAGCGGUUUAGCGGCUUGGGAAAAAGGAAAAAAACCCUGCAGGAACUCGCAAGACAUUUUCGUCUUGCGAAGCAAGCACAUAGGAAAUUCGUUUUGCGAAGCACCUCCAAAACGGAAAACCCUUUCGUCUAGCGGGUUUUCCGUCUUGCGAGGCAUUCGUCUUGCGGGGCACCACUGUAGUAAUAAUGUUGUUUGUACCCAGUGUAUCCAACUGGGUUGCCACGGCAUUUCAUUCAAAACAGCUUCUUUCAGUUAAGAUAAAGGAGAAUUGAGAGGGUUUCUUUCAAAUACAAAAAUCUUCGCCAAAACCAUGUUCAUUUCAUGUGGGUUUCACCACGAAUGAAUUCCUAUGUCCCACAAAUAACCCAGAGAUGCAUUUUAAAUAAAAGGGCACAUUCUACUCAUGUAAAAACAUGCUGAUUCCCGGACCGUCCAGAUUUAGAAGCUGGAUCCGGCCCCCGGGCCUUAGGUUGCCUACGCCUGCUAUAUGCUGAGAAAGGAAUAAAAGUAAUACAGGAGAAUUAAUCAUUCAUUAGCCACAAAUACACAUUUCUUAGAAUAUACCAAUGCCUGGUGUCUGUCUUCAGUAACUGUGUGUUUAGCAUUUUGGUGGACUUCAGUUUCUUUUUCUAAGUUUUCUCCUCGUAAAUCAGCUGAAGUGUAUUAAGCAAAGCAACUUGCUUUUAUUUUUAAGAGACCAACGGCAAAAGAACUGCUGAAGCACAAGUUUAUAAUACGGAAUGCAAAGAAAACCUCUUACUUGACAGAUCUCAUCGACAGGCAUAAAAGAUGGAAGUCUGAGCAGAACCAUGAUAACUCCAGCUCUGAAGAUUCAGAUGGGUAAGUGUGAAAGCGGGAAAAUACUGCAGAUGCGGUGGGGAAAGCUUCAAAAAAAAUACAUAUCUUGGACAUACUCAAAAUUAAACUGCUAAAAAGUAACGUAACUUUAAGAGUAUAUCCAAAACCUUGAAUUCCAAAUGCUUUGCGAGUCUAACAUUUUGGCUUCCGAAUGCCACAAACCCAGAAGUGAGUGUUCCGGUUUGCAAACGUUCUUUGGAACCCGAACGUCCGACGCGGCUUCCAAUUGGCUGCAGGAGCUUCCUACAGCCAAUCAGAAGCCACGCCUUGGUUUCCGAACGUUUUGGACGUCUAACGGACUUCUGGAACGGAUUUCGUUCAACUUCCGAGGUACCCCUGUAUAUACAUAAUCCUUCCUUUUUCAAUGCUUUGGGUAACCAGAAAUAACUCUGGAGGAGCAGUCACCUGUGAUCUGAAGUGUGGGAGAGAAAGUUUUAAUUAAAGUUGGAUUUUAGAAGUAAAAGAACAUGAGGACAGCAAGUAAGAGAUCAAGACAAGGAAUUUUUUUUAAGAGUGCAUUUCUUCGGGUUUUUUUGGACUAUUUGGGGUAGCAACAACUUAAAAAUGAAUCCCCCCCCCCCAUGAAGUGUGGGAGGGAUACUCUGAAGCAAGCAUGCCCCAAGCAUGGCACCCUCGUGUAUAAGAGAGCCGUAGGACAGAAUUUUAAAAGUGCUGUUUUUAAAGGCUACGUUGCUGAGAUUGGGAAGCCUCUAAGAAUCUCUUUUAAGGACUAACGACAUUGUUGCUUUUGCAAAAUAGUUACCACUGGGUUGUAGAAUAUGUAUCUCUGCAUUUCCUUUACAAUUCGUUGUUACUGAUUUUCAUAAUGUGAAUUAAUAAAGCUAAAAAAUGUAAAAAAGUCCAGCACCUCCCUAAGUUCUGAAGUUCUGAACAGUGUUUCCGGGCGCUGCUCUGGUUGCGCCAGAAGCGGCUUAGUCAUGUUAGCCACAUUGACCCAGAAAAACUGUCUGCGGACAAACGUCGGCUCCCUCGGCCUGUAAAGCGAGAUGAACGCCACAACCCCAGAGUCCUCUGCGACUGGACCUAACUGUCAGGGGUCCUUUACCUUUACCUUUUAAGAUGUAUAAAUCCAGAAACUGAUCAUGGAGCAGAUUUGUAAUUUAUGCUAGAUGUAAUAAUUCUGGUGCCUAAUUAUUAAAAACCUAUUUCAGACCACUUUUUCUUCCUAUAAAAACUUAGAAUUUUGGUGUUGGUUUAAAGUAAUCACGUUCGAGUUUGCUAGUUUUAUUAAUGGCUGAUGGCGAUCAUAUGAAUAAUGUGAUUAUUUUCUUUGCAAUAACUCAUGAAAAAAUAUUUGUGCUAAAGGGAAGCAGAUGGCCAAGCCUCGGGUGGCAGUGAUUCAGGUGACUGGAUAUUUACAAUCCGAGAGAAAGAUCCCAAGAACCUCGAGAAUGGAGCUACUCAGCUACAUGAGUGGGAAAGGAACAAGGUAUUUAUAGACACUGGAGGAAACAAGAAACUGAAAGUAUUUUAAGUAGCAAUGCAUGCUUUUCAACUUUCAUUAUCCCAGCUUACGGCUCUUACAUGUGAGGUUUCAGGCUGCACCCUGCAUGCAGUGUUUCUCUUGCUUAACAGGACUUGCUCUUCCUCUUCGUGCAGCCACAAAAUUAGCUCCAGGAGGUGCCCUAAACCAGGGGUAGGCAACCUAAGGCCCAUGGGCCACAAGCUGCCCACGGGGGUUGUUAAACCGGACCCUGAGCUGCCCGCUUGGUGAGUCUCCACGUGUUGCUCUAAACCGGCAGAGCACAGCGCGGGAACUCGCUUCUGCAGCGCAGAAAAUGGCGUCUGCGCAGACGCUGGAAAUUGUGUUGACGCAGACGCCGGAAAUCACAGGCGUGUGUGCUCACACACACGCACACGAUCCGGCCCAUGGGGCAAUUUCUGCUGGGGUGAACCGGCCCAGGCGAGGUAAACCUUGCCAACCCCUGCCCUAAACUUUGUGGAGCAGUCGAGGUGGUGUGCAGAGGGCUGCAGGAGGAGAAGAGGGAGACGUUCCAUUGCACAAGCAGGUGUCAAAUUCCUGUGAAACAAAAUGGGUUUGGGGAACUUCUGGCCCAUGGGCCAAUUUUGACCUGGCAGGGGUCCCAGUUUGGCCUGAGAGGCAAUUUCCCCCAAACCAUGUCCACUUACCCCAGACCUGACCUUAUAUGUGGUGUCAGAUGUGGGGCAGAUAGACACAGCCGGAACCUGAUCGCAUAGCCAGUCCUUGCAGAAAGCAGCUUUGCCAGCCCUUUGGAAGUACAGAAAAAAGGGCUUUCAAAGCAGCAGUUUCCUGUGUGCUGUACUUCCCGUGCCAAGCAUAGGGCUGGCAAAGCCCCUUUUGCUGUGGUUCCCCCGUGCCUGACAACCAACCGGGUGUUGGGCAUUUGGGAACAACAGUGAAAAAGGGGCUUUGCCAGAUCUCUGGGACAAGUAGCUUGGCAGAUGGGAUAUUUUUAAUGCUAUCCCUAUCACAGAGUCUGUCUACCCAAACCUGUGAUUGCUUUGUGCAACGCUGCAUCUGAUGAUGCAAGCAGCAGCCACUGUAUUAGUGCCGCUGAAAGAUAUUCCUGGGUUGGCAUGUGGCAGUGAUGCUGCAGUUGUUUGCCAUCCUCAGUGUGCCGGUUUACGCAUUAAGCAUGUGCACACGUGUUCCUGUAAUGUCUUCCCUUGCUUUGUUUUAUAUUUUUGCAAAUAGUAAACCAACUCCUUCCUGAAGUUUCAUCAGAUACAUACUUCCCACCCACCUCAAAUUUAACUUAUUUGGUAUUGCACAUCUGAAAUAUUUCAUAAUCCUAAAGUACACUUUGCUACAUAGUUAAUUGUCUGUUUAACUACAUUUCCUUGUUAUUUGUAAUAGAACUUUUGCUAUGUGAUAUACAGAAGGAGUUCCACUUGUUCAAAAUUGAAUUUCAGCUUGCAAUAAUGCAUUAAUGAAUUCUGGAUGUAUUUGUACUCGGAAGUGUGUGUUGCAUAAAAUGUAGAAUAUAGGAAAAGAAUGAGAAAAUGUUCAGUAUAUGUAUCUCGCUUGAUGUAUUAUGGAAUUCUUUAUUUUUUCUCCCAAAGGAAAAUACCAUUCAAAGGCGUCCUUUAUCUCGGUGCUUAUCAACAAUCAUAUCGCCAUUAUUCACAGAGGUAAGUUUCCAUCAGGUUCACCGUUUUCCAGUCAACGUGAGGACCACUUUCCUUGUGGGCGGCCUUCCUGGUUGGGGGACUCAUGCCGGUGGUGGGUGGGGCCAGGUACAAAAUGGGCGGAGCAAAAUAUGUGACCCUCCCUUUUGUAUAGUAGGCUACAUUCCUGACCUUCAAAAGUCUCUCUGUAUACAUACAUUCUUCCCUCUUGGCAAGCUAGAGAUGCUUUCGCCAUUUAAGGAACCAUUCCAGCCAGGCAAAUGCUUUCAGAGAGACUGCGGAGCCUGGCAUGGCGAGAUUUGUGGUCUGGGUAGGAGAGGCAGGGCCUGGGGAAGCGUCCCAAGCAACAAAUAGAGUCUGUGUAUUGUGGGUUAAACCAUUGAGCCUAGGACUUGCCGAUCAGAAGGUCGGCGGUUCAAAUCCCCGUGACGGGGUGAGCUCCUGUUGCUCAGCCCCAACUCCUGCCAACCUAGCAGUUCGAAAGCACGUCAAAGUGCAAGUAGAUAAAUAGGUACCACUCCAGUGGGAAGGUAAACGGUGUUUCUGUGCGCUGCUCUGGUUCGCCAGAAGCGACUUAAUCCUGCUGGCCACAUGACCUGGAAGCUGUACGCCGGCUCCCUCGGCCAGUAAAGCGAGAUGAGCCCCGCAACCCCAGAGUCGGCCACGACUGGACCUAAUGGUCAGGGGUCCCUUUACCUUUUAUUUGGUCCCUGAGCCUGGUGUUUCCCACCUCUGCUUUAGAAAUGAUGGGAGAAAAUACAGGAAAACAAAUGUAAUUAGUUUUGCUUCUUUAAGUACAUAUAGGAUAAAUGAAAGAUUUUGUUUUUAAAAAAAUGAGAAUUAGAGCAGGGUUUCCCAAACAUGGGUCUCCAGCAGUUUUUGUACUACAACUCCCAUCAUCCCCAGCUAGCAGGACCAGUGGUCAGGGAUGAUGGGAAUUGUAGUAUAAAAACAGCUGGAGACCCCAGUUUGGGAAACCCUGAGUUGCAGUGAUAUUUUGAUCCCUUCAUAUUGGAAACAGUAGUAGUAACAAUUAAAUAUCUAUAUAGCCCUGUUCAGAAGCUCAAAGACUAUCCUGUCUUUGCAAUAACUCCGCAAAGAAGGUCAACAGCAUUCUUGCUGCACAGCAGAUGGGAUGCUGGAGCUGAGAUAGAGCAGCUUCCUAGCUUAAGGCCUAGGGGGAUUUUGGGAGAGAUAUAUGUUUGAACCAGGACUUGAUGCUGAAAGGCACUAGGGCAUCCUUUCCACCUCGCCUAGCGAUGAUGGGGGCUGUAGUCCAGCAAUAUCUGGCGAGCUCCAUGUUGGGGAAAGGUUACAUCAUGGUAGCAGCAGGAGAUAGACUGUCGAAACUUGAAUAUAAUAUGCACCAGAGUUGGGAGUACACAUUACUGCCUACAGAGUACUUCAUAAAGUGGGUAUCUGUCCAUCUUCUGGUCUCCAAGAGUUAGAGCAGAGUUUCCCAAACCCACAGAGCCACCUGCGUACCCCACAGCGCCAGAGAAGCACCUUGUGGUGUGAGAGGCGCCAACCAUUCCCCAUAACACACACACACACAUGGCUGCUUUUUAUAUAUUAGCUGUGUCUUCGAUUCUGCAGUUUUUAUCUUGCUGGGUUAAAACUGUUAACCACUCUGAGUCUUGGGCAUGAAGUGGCAAAUUCCUAUUAGGAGACGAAAAAGGACUCUUUCCCAACGAAAAGGUAGCCUAGUGACUCACUAAAUGUGUUCGUUGCCAUUAGAGGCAAUUUAUUUGUGCGGUGAAAUUACUUUCCUUUUUUGGCACAGCAGCCUCCUGUUUACUUCUGUGAGUUCCUGGUGCUUUUAAAGGGAACAUAUCGUUCAGGGAGGGAGAUCAGGAUGGGAAAGGCUAUUGUGCUGAAAAUAAGGGACAUGACCCUGCUAUACAUGUGUCUGUGUAGAAUGUUGCACUGCAUUAUGGCUCUUAAACCAUGCAUUUAUAAGCAGUUGCCAAGUUAAAGCCCUGCUCAUGCUUUUAGAGAUUCCUUGAGAUUUGCUUGAUAACAUACAAUAGUUUCAAUUUAUGUUGUAGAUCUCCAUGCAGUCUGUAGACCUAAAGUGUGGCGGUACUUCAUUUUUAAAAAACCUCUUUUGCUCAUUUAGAUUGUAUACGCAUUUCAAAUUGUUACAUGGCUAACACCCUUUUUUAUUUUGAUUCAGCUGAAAGAGAGGAGUCAAGCUUGCGGGGGGAACAUGGGAUCCAUAGAAGAACUGAGAGAGGCUAUCUAUUUGGCUGAAGAAGCAUGUCCAGGCAUUUCAGAUACCAUGGUGACAGAGCUCGUGGAGAGGCUUCAGAGGUAUAGUAAAGCCACCUAGCCGGAAACAGUAUUAUCCAAUUCAGUGUGAUUCCUUCAACGUAAAUGUAUCAAUGGUAUCCUAACUCACAUGGCCAAAGAAUAUGAAACCUGAAUUCUCUGCCAGGAGAUGUGAAUUCUCCUAGCAGAAAUCCCUGCUUGUUUGAUCUCAUGCUUAUUAGGUAAUAUUGUAUGAUUUAGUAAGUGGGGUAACAUUCCUACAAUCAAGAAUGUCACAGGGCAUAAGUUAUUAGCAGAACCAUUGACUCUUUAAUCUAAGGAAUAGUCUUGAGUUAUUCACUAAUUUACUGUUUGCUACCAGAUUGGGUAUACAGUGGAACCUCGGUUGCCGAACGCUUCAGAAAUAGAACGUUUCGGCUUUCGAACGCCGACAACCUGGAAGUGAAUGCUUCCAUUUUCGAGCUUGCCUUGGAAGUCGAACGGCUUCCGAGGCGGGUGGUUGCUCCAUUUUCCCCCAAUGGAUUUUGCUGACCCGCAAUUGCGCCUUGGUUGUCAAAACGUUUCGGAAGUCGAACGGUCUUCCAGGAAUGAAUUACUUUCGACAGCCGAGUUUCCACUGUAGUGGCAGGUUUAAAGACAUCCACAAACUCCAGAUUUGAGCAAAUGUCUUAUGAGAGCAUAGCAAAUUGCAAAGAGAGUAAAAUUACCAGAGCAUAUGAGGGGCAGGGGAGGGCCAACUGGGCACUUUUUAGAACAGCGUUUCCCAAACUUGGGUGUGUUUUGGAUUGAUUUUGGAAUCUUCUGAGGUUGCCUCCAUCUCUAGAGCCACAGGCUUGAAAAGAAGCUUGAUCACCGGUUUUGCUUUCAUGACACCAUUUCUCCCCCCCAGGUAUUCAGUAACUGGAGGAGGAAGCACAUCAUCCCACUAAAGUAUUGUUUCUUGGCGUUUGCUUGUUCGAUGUGGCUCCUAUAGGCACCUCCUCAAAUGCUGGUCUGCCACUGUUGCUUUCAGUGGCGAGCUCUCCAGUAUGUGGACAUUCCUGAAGGUGCAGCAACACAAAUGGACAACAUAGCAAGGGCAUUGUUUUUCAGCUCUGUAUAGUAUAGGUUUUUUUUAAAGAAAAAACAAUAAUGCACAUAUUCAAAGGAGGUAUCUUUUUAAAUUUCUGAGAUGUAUAUUUAGGAUUGCAGUUAGGAAACUAAAGCUAUUGUGAAAUCUCAGGUAUCUUGCUUUAAGUCAUUGGUCUUCAACUCAACGAUCCAGAUUCAGAAGCGAUUUAUGUCUCAAUCCAAAAGUGGGUGCCCCAAUGGUACGGCCACUGUUUUCUUUCAGGGUCUUAUUUUAACAAAAUGCAUAAGAUUGGGAGAUGAAAUAAAGGGGUGGGGUGGGGACGAAGUGGGUAUCAUAUUUUAGGUUGGGAUUUAAGAUGGAUCUCGGACCUGAACAAGUUGAAGACAACUGCUUUAAGUCGAUGAAUCUGUGAAUUGGAAAACAUACCAUUGGCUCUCUGUACAGAUUUGUAUAUAGUCACUUUUUUUACUCAAAUCUUGCUCAAUGUGCAUAUAGAAUCCCUCUGUACAAAUGGCCAAGUUCUCUGUAGAUGAUGCUAGUGAGGUAAAUAUUUUGGCAGGUCACAACUGAUUAUUGGCUUGCCUUUUGUUAUAUGACAUUUUCGAACCGUAUGACAAGAGGUUUGUUUUGACCUUGUAUUUGUAGGUCAAAAAGCUGUGCUAUAAAAAAAUCUGGUUUGUACCUCAGAUGCAAAGUUUGCUCUAGUUUUGUUACACGGUGUUAUUCUUUUUAUUAAUCUAGAGUUGGGUUUCUAAUCAUGGUACGACAUUGAUUAUUUCAGUUUCCUGAAUCACUUGGUUUGAGGUUCUCUAAUACUUGUUUGCUUUAGUGGGUUUUUUUUUUAUCAGUCUAAAUUGUGCCAAUCCAAAGUCUGAAUUCAGUUUUAUUAGGGUUUUUGGUUUUUUUAAACUUCCUUGUAAAAUCAGAACAUCUCAUACAACUAAAUUAAAUAUUUUUUUCCCCUCUUGAAACACCGCUUAAGAGAUUCUGGCUGGAUAAUGGCAAUUUGUAAGAUGGUGAACUUAAAAACAAUAUAAAAUAUAUGAAGCUUAUGUAUAUGAAAACUUUUAAUCAUGAUCAUUGAGAGAUACAUUUGAUUUAACUUGGUAUCCAAGAUCCAUUGUUAAGGGGGAGAAUACUUGAAAUUUCAUCAAAACUUAAAAUAGAUAUUCUCACUGCUGUACUUUAGUUAAAUAUCUGUAUAUUUGCUUGUUACAUCUUUUGUGGUUCAUCUUCUGAACUCGGCCUCUUUUACAAUGGGCAGAAAUCAGUAGAAUGUCAACAUUUUGCCUACUGGGAAUAUUUUUUUGUAAAUGCUGUAUAAAUAUCUGAUAAGAUAUUCCAUUGAUUCUAUUUCUUUUCAAGAAAUUCCUUGAGGUGAAUGGAAUACAUCCGUGUGAAGAUGUAGUUCUCAAGAAUUAUUAAAAGGGGCUAACAAAAGAAAAUAGGUUGCUGACAAUGACUUAUAUCACAAUCCAACCAUGUCUAGUCAGGAGUAAGUCCUAUUGAUUUCAGUGGGACUUGCUCCUAAGUAAAGGAGGGUAGGUUUGCAGCUGUAGUCAACAUUUUUAAUAUUUCACAGUUCCGAGUGAACGUGAAAUCUUUGUUUUAGUCUUCAGUAAUAUUAAACAUGUUAAAGUCCAACUUGAACUCAGAACGUACCCUUUUGAGUCCAACCAUGCCUGAUCACACUUCGAGUGAGAACUUCCUAUGCCAUAUGGACUAAAGAUGAGCACCAGGUGUGAAAAUGCACUUCCAACACUUAUACCAUAUUCUGCCUGCUAAAAUGGUCUGAUGUAAACUGAUUCUGCUACCUCCUCCUCCUCUAUAGGGCUGCCCCUAAUGCUCCAUGAAAAUACUUCCAUGAGGGUUGGAGCGCUCUAAUGAUUGCGGUGGGCUGUGACACGAGGCACAAAGGGGGGAAUCUUGUAAAACAGAGAGGAGGUAACCUCUGGAAGUGAGACCAGCCUGCCUGAAUCAUAUGAGCAGAGUACUGGUGGAAAAGAGGCAACUUUUAGUCUGAAGAGGGUACCCUGUGGGAAAACUCCUCAUACACACGUGAUCCAGUUUCCAGUCUACAUGGAGCCUAAGACCUAACAGCAUUUUCCAAAUGGAGCUUCUAGAAAUUAUUUGUGAACAAUCUGUUACUGUAAGAAAAAUAAUUGCAAUUCACUUUGUUAAGAGUAUUCACAGUUUGAGACUGAGGCAGAAAACUCUUUUGAAGAUUUGGGCAUUGGACUUCAAGAGACACCUUGACCUUGGCCUUUUUUUUAUUGGUAGGUUUUUUUGCGGUACUAUAUUUGCAUAAUUGGGCAGAUCUUAUACAAAGAUGGCUUUUAACAGAGGUGUUUAGUUGAAGACUUGCUGAAAGAUUUAGGGAUUUGCACCCAAUCGUAUGCCUACUUACCCAAGUCCCACACUGAAUUCAGUUGGAUUUGCUCCCAAGUAAACAUGCAUGGGAUUACAGAACAAUAAUUUUUGGAGGUGAGGAUGUCGUUGUGGUGUCCUGCUUAUACAAUGGACUGUACUUCGGCGGGGUUUCUCCUCCUCCUGUGCACCUCCAAAAUUUGCUUGCAGGUGGGAGCUGUAGGAGGGAAACUCCUGUUGCGUUUGAUGUCAUGAUAUUCACUCUUACCCUCCUGUUAGAAGAUAAAGUAAAAUUGCAAUUCUCUUCUGGUAAUGAUCAAAUUCGGAUUGUAGUUCCAAAUCACCUCUCAAACUUUGCUAUAUGUUUUUUACUUUGGCCUUUUAAGUUAAUGGGUGUCACGUUUUAAACGUUGUAUUAGAAUUGUGCUCUUCUAGGGAAAUGCAACAUUGCAAUGUAUGAUUUCUGCAUUUUCGACGUGCAUGGUGUCAGCAUAUGCUUCCUGGUGCGGAUGGGAAUUGCACUUCAAAACCUCUAGAGAGCACCAUUAUGGGAAAGGCUGGAGUAGCUAAUACAGUUUUUCGUCCCUUGGCCAGGGGAGGUUUCGGUCUUAAAAUAUUCUUGCUAGUGAGCACCAAACACUUCCACAGUUACUCUAGAAAUUUCCCACUUUUUCAAGAUUUAGUAUAAUUAGGGCGCUAAGCGAGCUGUAAAAACAAACCCAAACAAAAACAAAGUCUUUCGAACAAGAAAGGCUUCCUGUUUGUGUGGGUCGGGUCACUUUUCACAUGUUUUAUUAGAAAUCUGCUUCUCUUGCCGUUGCACUCUUGUAGUUGGGUGUAGGAGGUUAGGUGGCUGUUGUGUUGGUGCACAGAACUUCUGGUGAAAUAGUGAAAGUCUCCUGUUUUCUGAUUAGGUGCCAUGGGCUCUUUGGUUCCCCCAAUAGUUGGUCGUUUUGGGAGUUGCAUCUGGUCUUGUUUUGUUCUUAAUCGUCAUGUAGCGUUUUGUAUUUUUGGUACCUUGCAGCACGGGCGUUUUUGCUAACAUCUUUAGGGGAAGUUCAGAGGUUUAUUCUUCUAGUUGUCCCCUCCACGCAGCACACCCACCUCUGCUUACUGAUUGGGGCGGGUAAUGUCUGUCUUGGCUUUUCUACAUAAUGAUGAUUAACAUGAUUACCACUUCUGUCACCCGUUUUGAAGAGGAAGGAUCACGGCAGCUGCAGGACUGUAGAUCCUUAGACCUAUUCCUACACCUCACCUUGCUGUCGCCAUUGCAGAAGCAUCUGAAUUGGCCCCAUAUUUUCUUUAUAGACAUUUGCUACUGAAUUGAAGUUGCAAAUGCACAGUGGGGAAAAGAUUGGAAAAAGGAUUGCCCCAUGACACCAGUUGUCGUGUUUUCAUUGGCUAUAGAGUCCUCUUGAUCAGAUGCAUGUAGGAUUAUCAGUUAGCAGAUGCACAUACAUGUAACCAGUGUGCCCAAAUGUAAGAGAUAUCAGGUCUGCAAAAGCCCUGGUGGUGGGUCUUUUAUCUGUUUGGAUUCUGCAGACUUUCAUCUGCCUCUCGUGUUUCGUGACCUUUUGGUGCUACUGAUUACAACUUUUCUUCGGUACUUGUGUGCAUCUAGAAGACCCUUUAUGCAUCUGAUAAAGUAAACACUGCCAUAAUCAAUUUAAAGCAACAGCGUAAGAUUUACACUUUUGUAAAUAAAUAAUCCAGAAAUAUUUUGAAACGGAGAAUUUUCCACUUCUAAAAACAAGUUGUUCCAUAAAAUUAGUAACAUAAUAAACAGAUACAGAACUAGUUAACUUAUGCAGUAUCAAGAGUUGAAAUUAUUAUUAUUUUAGGUACGAUCCCUUGGGAGAAUGCAUGCAUAUAUAAUAUAAACACAUAGUUUUUGGGUGUGCAGAAAAUUAGCGUUGACAGGUUUCAGUGCCUUCCCCUAAAACUUAAACCAUGUGAGGUGAUAUAUGCUAUUAAGUCACAAAUAAUUUUUAUUGGAAUAUUUUAUGUAAACCUUUGAAUUUGUUCCGACUAUGACAUUUAAACACAUUUGCUUUAUUGACUCCCCACCCACCCCCACCCCCACCCAAUAUUUCACUUAAUACUUUGGGCUGUGGGGGGGGGAAUUGCGAUAUUUAUACAGCACAUAAAAUCACCUCCUUUUACUCAAAAUGUAAAUUAAACAUACUAAAGCAGAUCUCCAUCAAUUUAGGGCAUCAGAAAGUUCUCUGGAAUCUCCCCCCCCCCCCCGGAAAACCUAAUUGAAAGUCUUCCAGUAAGCAUACAUCACUAAGAACAUAGGACAUUGCCUUAUACUGACUCGGAUCAUUAACUCUGUCUAGCUCAGUAUUGUCUAUAUCAGGGAUAGGGAGCCUGCAGUCCUGCGGAUGUUUUUGGAACAACUCCUCAUAUCAUCCCUGACCAAUGGCUCUGCUGGCUGGGGCUUAUGCACUUCCAACAACUUCAGGAGGGCCCAAGUUUCCCUCCCCCAGAUUGCAUUGUUCCAGAGGUUGUUUUUUCCCCUGCCCUACCUGUAAAUGCCAGGGAUUGAACCUGUGACCUUUGGACACGCAAAAACGUGUGCUGUACCCUACAUGGUCCAGGAGAGCUUACGCCACAAUAAAUCAAUUGAGAUGUGACAGUACUGUGUUUGCUGCAGCAGGCUUAAGGCAGCUACCCCGUCUGAAUCCGUUACAGUAAAGUGGAGUUUAUCUUUAGUUCAUAAGCAAAAGGUACAGUAAACAGACAUGGGACAUCUUUCCGUAUAAAAUCAGUUUUGGUGAGGAAGGCAGACCUUAACAUAUCAGGCCAGGGUGUCUGUUAACCAAGUACAUGCUAAGAAUAUGUUGCAUAUAAUAAGGAGGAAUCACUUGGCUAUGGAAUUUGCCCAGGUGGUUACUGCCGCCCUCAGCAUGUGUUGGAUUCUUUUUACAGGCAAUUAAAAGAAUUUCCUGGCUGGAUCAGAUCAAAACCUAGUCCAAAGCCAUCUGCCUUUAGGAAAUACACAAGCACAGCAAUCUGUUGAUAACUAGCCGUUCUCCUCCCUCCCCCGAGUGUCUGGUAAUUGGGUAUCUAUUGUCUCUGUACAUGGAGGUCUCAUUUUUAGCUAUUGUGAGGAAAUACCCAAUGAAUAGCCCCCCCCCUUAUCCUUUUAUCAAAUUCUAUUUUCUUCUGUAAUGCUGUUCUCUAUUUAUAAGCCUGUAUAAAAAUUGCUUAUGGUCACACAUCAAGCUGUUCUUCAACUCCUUGUAUGUUACAUGACACAGAAAUAAAGAAACGCAACAAUUUUGGGUGUGUGAGUGUGUUUAUGGGCAACAUUAUCUAGGAAAACAGUUUCCAGUAGUUUAAGGAACACGGGGAGAGAAGGGACAGCAUAGUGAGAAUUCAAAGCAGCUCAUUUAUAUGUGCAUCUGAGAAUUUUGAAACUUUAUAGCCGUGAUGCGCAGGAAUUUUACUUAUAUACAGGUAAAUAUACAUUAAAUUGUGGUUGCUUGUUCCUGUAGGUUGCUGUCAUAUGAGAAGGUAAGAAACGAUACUUGUCUAAAUUAGGUGGGAGUGGUAAACCCAGCACAAGGGAAAGGUGAGGGGUUCACACAUAGCACAAUUACAAAUUGCAACUAGAUGUCCCUCGUUUUGCACUCCUGGGGUGUAUGUUGGUUGUUUUUGUUAUACUGAAAGAUGGUGCCUAGUUAACCUGGACUGAAUAGCUUGCAGGCAUGUUUACAAGACAGUCACUCUAUUAGUUAUGCUAAAUUAGCAUGUACAGAUUGAAAGUAGUAAAAAGCAAAAUCAAACUUGGUUGGUUUUCUUAUUCCCUAAAGGAAUACCACUGGCAAGUCAUGUAUUUUGGCAUUUCUUAAAAAUGAGAUUUUCGGUCUUCAAGAUUUCAGCAUCAUACUGUUUUUUAAAGUAGGGGUAGAGAAAUUUGAGAGAUUAUUACCUUAAAACUAUUGGGUUCUUUAAGACGUUGAUAUACUUCAUUCCCUUUUCCAGUAAGCUACAUUCUGAACCGUUUUUGCACAUUGUGAAAAGGGCAAAUGUUGCGCUUUCCAGCUGGGCUACAUUUGAUAAAAACAUUUAAGGAUGUUGUGUCUAAUUGCUUUCAAAUGUAUAUACACAAAAUGUGGAUUGGUUUCUAGUAGCAUUUCUAAAUAAAGGUGUGGAAACAUACCCCACGAGAGAGAGAAAACGAUUCUUCCAAAACUCACAUCUGUUACUGUCUUUACUGAACCACAAAUUACUGCCACAAUUCUUGUACCAGACAGCUGUUGACAUGUUAGACCAGCUUUCAGAUUCCCCUUCUCAACCUUCACAGGACAUCAGUGUUCUAAAUAUUGCACAGGUUAAUCAUGUAAACUGUUCACCUUGCAGAAUUUUAUGUACUGGAACAUAAUUUGUGCCAUGGAAGAGUAGAGAGAACCUUCCGACCAUAUUUGAAGCAAAUGCUCUCCGCUUCUGGUAAGAUGAAAUGAGCAGUCUACAGCCUUGCUUGGUAACUUUAAUUUUUAGAAGUAAAAUGUGUAGAAACACUGAAUAAUGUAAUUAAAAUUACCCCUCCUUGCUUUGAGACUGCCCCUUAUGAACAUUUGAAGGCUGUUAAUGCAUACAUAGGAAAUACAUUUCUUUUAAAAAAUGGCAGUUUACUAAUUAAUCACUUUGAGGGGUUUGUCUGAAAGAAAAGGCAUUUUGCUUUCCAAAAAUUCUAUUAUUUCUGGUGCAAAUCUUUGAGGCAAGGAAAUCGUCUUUUGGCACUCCAAGGACAAUAUUUUAAUACUGGCACAAGCUAAAAAAAAAAAACCACACCAAAGGACAAAUACGAGACAGUCACUUGGCCGAUAAUAGUAAACAACCCUGCUUGAGGCAAUAUUACAAAAAGCUGCUCCAAAACAAGUUUUUAAAAAAAUGAAUUUAUGUUUUUACUGAACUUUAAAAGGAGAAAGAAUUCAAAUGUCCUCUAGAAAAGCAGCAAUUGUUGGAAUGAACAAUUUGGAGUUCAGUCAUCAAUAAGCAUGGGAUUCCUCGUGACUCAAAACGUGGAUGCGCGAGGCUGGACUAGUGGCACUUCGGAUCACCUCCAUCCAUCUAAGCGAUACAAAAACAAAAACGAAUACUUAAUACAGUGCUUUUCUCCUUAAGAUUUGGUUGUGUGCCUUUUAACACAUGAAAUACAGUGGUACCUCGGGUUAAGUACUUAAUUCGUUCCGGAGGUCUGUUCUUAACCUGAAACUGUUCUUAACCUGAAGCACCACUUUAGCUAAUGGGGCCUCCUGCUGCUGUGCCACCGGAGCACGAUUUCUGUUCUCAUCCUGAAGCAAAGUUCUUAACCCGAGGUACUAUUUCUGGUUUAGCGGAGUCUGUAACCUGAAGCGUAUGUAUCCCGAGGUACCACUGUAUUGUACAACACGCACACACCUCAAGUAUUUUAAUCCAGUGGGAUACAGUCAUACUUCAGGUUACAGAUGCUUCAGGUUGUGUUUUUUCAGGUUAUGGACUGCCGAAACCCGGAAGUACCAGAAUGGGUUACUUCUGGGUUAUGGCGGUCGUGCAUGCACAGAAGAGCAACCUGCGCGUGCGCAGACGCGGGUUGCGAACGUGCAUCCUGCACAGGUCACAUUCGCAACCCGAGCGUCCACUGUAUUUGUGUGCUCAUUCCUAGAUGCCUCUAUUUAUAGCACGGAGUGGGGACUUACAUACAUACAUUUAAUACCAUAGACCACUGGUUCUCUUAACUUUUUUCCUUUGGCCCACACUGAUCAAGCCACACUGUAUUUUUCAUUGAUGGGGAAACACAAAGAAACAACUCCAAGCAGUGCCUGAUUUAUAACACAAAACAACAACUACUUUAUAAUAGUAGUUGUGUGUUUAUGUUAUAGCUCAUGGGACAUCCAUAAGGUGUAAAACAAGGCAGCUGAAUGAAUAAUUCUGCCUUGCAGUAAAGAAUUAAAAAUCAAUGACAUUUCAGCUCAUGGAAAACUGACAUACCUUUCAAACGUGUAUUCGCUCUCCGCCCUGAAAUAGUACACAUGGGAUUUGAAGUGUAGCUUAAAGACAUAGUCUUUAUGAAUGUUCUCAGAUUCGGAAGGAAUGGUAAGAGAGUAACCCAGCAGAGGGAGGCUAGCUAAAGGAUGAUUGUCCUAAAAACAAGAGAGAAAUCGUUCACCAAACGGACCAUCCCCCCAGAAGUCACUUCUCUUUAUCCAGAAUACUGUGUCCCCACAAUUUUCACUCAUUCUUGGGACCUAAACAGAAAAUGCCUCUCAUGCCCUGGUUGGCUCACAGCUGGGAGGGACAAGAAGCAUCUGGGUGCAAAUCCAAAAGCUACAGUCUUCCUCAUCAGAUUGGCACUAUUUGAAGUGAGUCACUCAAAGGCCCUUCAAAGCUCCAGCCAGCAGGUGGUUUGUUUUUUUGGUGUGUGUGUGUGUGUGUGUGUGUGAGAGAGAGAGAGAGAGAGAGAGACUGUGUGACUGUCCCUUUCUUUUGGCUCCUCUGAUCCCCUAGAUCAGUGAUGGCCAAACUUCUUGGCCUUCCAGCUGUUUUGGGACUACAACUCCCAUCAUCCCUAGCUAACAGGACCAGUGGUCAGGGAAUGAAGGGAAUUGUAGUCCCAAAACAGCUGGAGGGCUAAGUUUGGCCAUCACUGCCCUAGAUGGAUGCUGUGAAGUGAGUCUGCGUGGAAACGUGUCUCAUGGGGUGUGGGGACUAUUCACAAGAAGGCUGCAUCCCUCUCCCUCUACCCCAAGUAGCCUGUCAUCCUAUUAUUAAUCAAUUUCUUACCUCACCCUUCACCCAAGGCACCGUGUGUGUGUGUAUGACAGCAAUUUAAAAGUCUGUGUUAAAAAUAAAAAUAAAAAAUAAAGCACAUACCCAGGUGGCAAUCUGUCAGUGCUCUUGCUGAACAGGGCAAAUGGACACAAAAGCCUUGCCAAUCUCCACCCACAGUGGCCAGUCCACUAUGAGUGUGCUGAUUCCCUUGAAUUUCUAUAUACACCUGUCUGCACCAAUUUCAAUAGUCAUUUUUCUUCUCAGCAAAAAUAUACCCCCCAAAAGGUUUGUGUGUGGUUGUUUCAAGCAAAUAAGCAAUGUUUGUAUUGCAGAACUUUGACCUCUUAAAGCAGUAAUACACCAUGGAAUAAUAAGCACACAUUCUCAAGUUAAACACUGAAGUGGUUUUUAAAUAACUGCACUGCCUUUGGACUAAGCCUCUGUUGAAUGCUAAUGUUUUCUUUCCCAAGUGCUCAAAGUAAUGGGCUCAAAUUAACAUGCUGAUCUUUUUCAUUCCCCUCCGCCCCAUUCUAGUGAACAAAUGUUGAAUCAACCUUUUUGCAGAGGACAGUGGCUGGACCAUCUGUUACAGAAUAGUUCUGCCUUAUUUUGCCCCCAUGUGCCCCUGACCUCACAUUUCUAGGGAAAGUGUAUGAGUCAAAGCCUCUACUGAUACGGUAGCGGCUUCCAAGCUGAUCACAGUCAGGGUCUAGCGCAAUACAUUUUGCACCGGAGGCAGACAAGAUGAUACUUCCCCAUUCCAGACUGGACUGGCAGUGAAACUUUCUUUUGACAUUGGUGAUAAAGACUCUCCUCCUGGAAGAGAGGGGAGUGGUUGUGGGGGGGAGCCUGAGCUCCGCCUCUAGCAGGGGGCGUUAGCCCCCUGCCUCCCGCUCACCUGGCUGGCGCCCACGCCCAUCGGCAAGCACCCAAUCAGGUGCCUCCGAGGGGGCAUGUACAGCAGCCUAAAUGCUGCGGCGCCAGCCCCUCCUCGGCCUCACUCUUCGUCGUCCCGUCGCAAGUUGGUCGCCCUGGUUGUCCGGGGGGCCUGGUAGGAAUUUUUCCAUUUGGCAUUAGGCAUUUUGGUUUUUUCACCUAUCUUGUAGCAAUCGUCACAACUUUCGUGGUAUUGGUGGGUAGGUUAGGCAUUGGAAUAAUGUGUUGUGGUGUCGAAGGGCUAGGUGUGGCCAUCGCCUAUGCCUUCAAUUUUUGGGUAUUCCGUUAAAGGAAUCUGGCGGUCGUGUAUUCUGUCCGAUGCCUGCUUGGCGGGAGGCCAUGGCACGACCCUCGGUGACAUCAGGUGGAGCCUAUAGUUGGAUUAGCAUCAACAGGCUCCACCUACUGGUGAAUAACCCCCCUUGUUUUAGACUCACCCCUCUCUGAGGGGGUGGAGUCAGCUGACGUAAUCCAAUGCCUAAGCCAAUACCUUUUCACUUGCUGUAAUCAAUAAAGUUGUGGCCUUUUCUUGCCCAUUAACCUUAUAUCACGUGUCCUUGUGUAUUCAUUCCACUUUGGGGGGAUCGGGUCCUCGAACCACAAGAUGAUAUCUACCACCACACCUGAGGCAGCAAGCCAGAUUAGGGGACCAGAGGCUGCUCCUGAACAUCUGCCUAAAGCAGUUGCCUCAUUAAUAUUAGUGUUGAGCCUGAUCCUAGUUAAGCAUUUUCAAAUUUCUCUCCAUGCAUGGAAGACCUUUGUAUCCAUGAAGUUCACAAAAGCUUCAAUUGUCUCUGCAAAUGCAUCCUUUGUGACAAUCAACAGUGCAUAGUAAGGAACUUUUUUUUGUAAUGUGUGAACAGUUAACAGCUAUAUUCAUCUCUGACUUCCAUCCAUCAGUUACCUACCUGGUGGGAUUUGUAGAAAAACAUGCAGAAAUUGGUGAAUACCACCCAGAGCUUCUGCCAGCCAUUGCUGUUUUUGAACUUUCUCAAAAGGUUUCCAGAGAGUUGGUUCUGAAAAUGAAGAGAGAUAGUGCAGCAAACUUGAGUUAAGUCAUACGCAGAUGGAAAAACAGGCUGGUGGAAAACAGGCAAGCCUCAUGUAAAAUCAUACUUUUCUAAUUGAAACUGGCUGACUUUUUUCUCCAUUGGUCAUUUACCAUGAUUAAGAGUUCCAGAUUCAGAAUUCCCUAUCAUUCUUUAAAUGAGGCUUGCUUGUAAAUUGAUUUUCUAAGGAAAGAAAUCAUCCGCUGUUACCUCAUUCCAGGAAGAAGUUCUAUAUCUAUAUUGAGGUGGGAGGGUGUUAGCUUUAAUAUUAUACCAAUUUAGCAACCUUGUUACGGGAACAGGCAUCUCUACACAAAUGAUUUAAGUCCUGCACACAAGCGCAGAUGUUUAAAAUUACUAGGAAAAAUGAAAGCACAUCCUUUAAUUAACUGAAAGCAUCAGAUAUAAUGCAUGAACAGAAAUAACCGUAGGAAAUAGGCUCCCCCCCACCUUGCAGGUCUGGAACAGUUUUACUCUUGAGGAAAAACCUGGAGCCUGGACUGUGGUGUCAUCGAUUAUAAGGGUUUUGGCUGAGGUAUGAAUGUAAUAAAUGAGCAAGUUAAGUUGGCAGUCUUCAGACAUAAGCACCUGUAAACUUCCUCUCUGGGAAGGAAGGGAAAAAUUGACAGCUAAUUUGAGGGAUGGCGUUCUGUUGGAUGCAAAAAUUCAAUUUGUUUUGGUGAGUAGGAUAUACUGAAGUUUUUAUCCAGAAUCCUAAGGUUCACCAAGCAGGGCUGUGUGUAAAAUGUUCAGGGCUGUGUGAACUUGCGCAAUGAAUCAAGGACAGGGUGCCACUGUGAACAUGCUCAGUCCUGGACAAAAACUUGGGUCUAGUUCCCUCCAUCCUUGCCCCAAAGCCUUCUUUAUUUCAUAGCCUAAUCUGGGAGGGGCUUUUACCUGUUGCGAUGGUUAGGGAUUUGGGAGUCCAGAGAGCUUUGCCAAUCUGCUGUAAGUCACGCAGAGAUCACCCGCUGGAUCCCGGCCUGCCUUCUGCCCACCCCCAAUUUAACUGAUGUGCUUUGACAAAGGAGUGAUAAACACACGUUUCAACUUGAAAAUAUUCACUGCCUCUGCUCCCCAAGUGGAAUAUAUUAACCAUUGCUGAUGUAUUUUAUUCUGCUUCUGGUUUAAUAACAUAAUAAGCUGUCUCCACUAGAAUUUGCCAAGGGGACAGACAAACAGAAUGUUCCUCAUAUCACCAGCAAUUAUAGCAGUGAACUGGUAAGGUGGUUUUUAUUUUAUUUAGAAACCAGCUGAAUUCUGAAAACCUGGCAGGGUGUUGAGUAUGCUGGAGUACAAAAAGUGCCUGUUCUCCUUUUACUGUUCCUAAUUUCUGUUUUGGUUACCUCAGCACUUUGGAGGGUAUCAUAAACGGGCAGGCUUUGCAUUCGGUACCAGCAGACAUAUGAAAUGGUAACAGGCUGCUGAUCACUGAUCAGUCCAGCAGGUAGGGAAGGACAGUCAUUGACAGUGAGAGGAUCUUCCACCACGAGAGAGAGAGAUGAAAGAAAGAAAGAAAGAAAGAAAGAAAGAAAGAAAGAAAGGAGGGAGAGACACAGAAAGAAAGCAUAAACUACGAUACUGAUGUGACAUUACCCACAGACUUAAGAGACAGUAUGACUGCGACUCUGCCUGCCAAGGGGCAGUUGCAGAACGGAAGACAGAUGUAUAAAGAGUGGAAUCUGCUUCUAGGUUGCUCAAUAGUUCAUGCUGAUCAUUUAAACUCAAAAUAAACGAUGUUAAUGCGUAGGGGGGAGCCUUAGCAAUGCAGUCCUCUUAACAUGUCCACUGAAGUACUCAUUUAACUGAGUUCCAAGGAGAUGCACUGCUAACUAGGUUUGUAUAGAAUUGCAGCCCAGAAGGAGAAUUUUGUACCUGCACAAUUUAGUUGAUAGCUCUGGUGAAUCAGUGCAGGUGCACUACAGCUAAUCGGUAAAUCUCCAAAUGGUUGUUAGCCGCCCCAUUACACAAUGCAACUUAAAAGCAACCUAGAGGCAUUCUUUCUGAGAAUGGGUGUCUGUAGGUACCUUGAAGAAGCUAAACCAAUUUAUAGUUUACUUCAAGUUCCGUGUUAUCCUUUCGUCUGGAACCAAUUUUACUGAAGAUUUAUUCGCUUUACAAGAACUGUUUGCUCAUUCUGCUAUUUUCCAGGAACACUGAGGCAGUAUUAUCUUCAAGGAACUGACUUUCAAAAGGCUCAUGAUCUCUUCAAAUAGUCUCUUCUAAAGUGCUGGAAUUAAUUGUGGAAGUUCCACAAGAAAGCUGAAAUUAGCUGUCAUUAAAAUGCAAUACUGUUGCAUGUAUUCUGCAUUUCAAUGAGCUGAAGCAUUUUGAUUCAAUAGCCAACUGAUCUGUGUAAAAUUGGUUUAGCUGUAGUCAAAUACAUCAUCAAAAAACACACAGAGACUUCCUGUGAUAGAGAGGACACAAGUGGAGGGAGGCAGAUGAGAGACUGAGAAGAGAACACUUCAAGAAUCGAAAGAGGGGGAGAAAAACAGCCUAAAUUAAAGUUGCAUUAAAAUGCAGCAGCCAGAGUCAGGAACAACAUCCUUUCCGGGAUUAAAAACAAAACAGCCAACAGCAACAAAAUGCUCAGAGGAAAUACUAUCUUAAUAUUUGGAAAUUAAAUUAGAACUGUGAAAAAAUGCAGAGUUUUUACCAAAACGAUUCAUAAUUUGCUAAAAAAUGAAUUUGUUAAAAUGAGGUUUAAUAUAUAAUUGAAUGCCAACUCCCCAGGAAGAAAGGGAGGCAAUGAUUGGUUGUUGCUUCCUCUGAGGAGACGGAAAGGAAAUUGCCCCUGAAGAACAGUCCUCUCCGGGGGCUGCAGACCAGGUUGUUUUGAGGCAGAUACCUCCACAGCAAUACUAAAGUCGACCAUGGAAACGCUGGUAUUUCUGUGCCAGCAGACGUGCACCGUCGUGUUGCCACGGUGAGGGGCCUGACGUUCGAGGGAGGUGCGGGACGCAUUGAGAUCGUCUUCUGAUUCCUGGUCUACAGUGGAUUCCUCGGGGGAUUCUAUGAAACGCAGGGAGAAACCAUCUCUUUUUUCCCCCCUUGUAGAAGAUACAAACUAUGAAAACAUUAAGCAAAAGGCUACUUCUGGUAAAGCUUAAAACUUUCCAAACCUGUGAAAUACAGUGGUACCUCUGGUUACGAACGCUUCUGGUUACAAACUCCGCUAACCCGGAAGUAGCUGCUCCUGGCUGUGAACUUUGCCCCAGGAUGUGAACGGAAAUUGUGUGCUAGAGGGGUGCGCGCAGUAUGAGACCCCUUUAGCGAAAGCGUGCCUCAGGAUAAGAAUGGUUUCAGCUGACAAACGGUCCUCCGGAACAAAUUAAUUUCGUAACCAGAGGUACCACUGUAUUGGGGAAAGAAGUAGGUUUAAAAAAAAAUACCGUAUUUUUCGCUCUAUAAGAUGCACCCUUUCCCUCCUAAAAAGUAAGGGGAAAUGUGUGUGCAUCUUAUGGAGCAAAUGCAGGCUGUGCAGCUAUCGCAGAAGCCAGAACAGCAAGAGGGAUCGCUGCGCAGUGAAUGUUUUUUUCUUGUUUUCCUCCUCCAAAAGUGUCUUAUGGUCUGGUGCGUCUUAUAGAGCAAAAAAUACGGAAAACAUGGAAUUUGUACGCUUCAUCUAUUGCUUUCUUUAAGCUCGAGCACGCAUUUAAUUCACUGUUGCACUGUGACCUCUGUAAGUAAAACAACUUUGCGUGCAUUUUGUUCUCCUGACCCUCUUGAGCAGAGCCUUGGAGGAGGAGAGGGGGAAAGGUCACAUUGUGCAGCAGGUCGCAUUCCACUGGCCAACAACUUAGUUGAAUGUGUUCAAAGGUGCAUUGCUAUGCACACUUGCAUAGUGGGAAGUAUGCUCCACUGAACACAGCGGGACGUAUUUGCAAGUGGAAAAGCCAUAGGAUCUGGUUUUUUAGAUAAGCUCACCCAAAUGCAAUCCUGUACAUCUCACUUAGAAAUAAGUCCUGUUGAGUUCAGUGGAGCUGGCUCGCAAUGCUAAGUAGGUAUGGGAUUGCAACCUAACUGUAGUUCCUUAACUUUCUUAAAAUGCACCCUUGCUAGGGUUGCUAUAGCUGAAUAAAAAUAGCGAUUCAAGGCACUGUAAAAAAAAAAAAAUCUAUUUCCAUGCAUUCUAUCUGAACUAAAAUCAACUAGGUAAUAAAGGUAAUGCUGAUCUUUAAAUGUGCAGUCCAAAGAAUUAUUUAUACAGUGGUGCCUCGCAAGACGAAAUUAAUCCGUUCCGCAAGAGUCUUCGUCUAGCGGUUUUUUCGUCUUGCGAAGCAAGCCCAUUGACGGAUUAGCGCUAUUAGCGCUAUCAGCUGUUUAGCGGCUAUUAAAGGCUUAAAGGCUUAGGGAUUAGCUGCUAAAAGGCUAUUAAAGGCUAUUAAAGGCUUAGCAGAUUAGAUAAAGGGGGAAAAGCGAAAAAAAUCUCAAGACUCGCAAGGUAUUUUCGUCUUGCGAAGCAAGCCCAUAGGGGAAUUCGUCCUGCGAAGCAACUUCAAAACGGAAAACCCUUUCGUCUAGCGGUUUUUCCGUCUUGCGAGGCAUUCGUCUUGCGGGGCACCACUGUAGCUAAAUUGUCAUGCAGCAGACUUCAUACUACGUGGCUGUGUUUUCUGCAAGCCUUAAGUCUGUACUUACUCGUGUCUGGUGGGCUGCCCCCUAGGAAUUCAGGAGUUGGGCCAUUACAAUUCUCUGCCAAGUCAAUAGCCAUCUGUAUGUCCUCAGUCCACUUGUCCAUUUCCGUGCGGCUGCUAGGAAGACGAAGGGAGAUCUUGUUCAUUUUACUGCAAGCAGCUAUGAGCUUCACAAACUGGUCAAUUUUUUUUAGCUGAAUGCAAGUUUUUAGCCUGUUUCCUUAAGCUACACCAGGCAUAGGCAAACUAGGCCCUCUUGCUGUUUUGGGACUACAACUCCCAUCAUCCCUGACCACUGGUCCUGUUAGCUAGGGAUGAUGGGAGUUGUAGUCCCCAAACAGCUGGAGGGCCGAGUUGGCCUAUGCCUGAGCAUAGAACACCCUAGUUUUAGUGUGUUCUCUUAUGUUGAAAACAACUGAUUACAAAUGUAUUUACAGUGAACUGUUAUUAUAAUAAUAAUCUUCUUUUGACAAGUUGCAAAAAGAGAGAGCGCAAAGUGGAAAUUACUUACCUUGCAGCCACAACAAUGGACUGGUGUUGACCUCUCAGUGUGAAGCAAUGAGGAACCCCCCAUUCUUCUUCGCUCUCUUCAAUCUGAGGAUAUGGACAUACAGACACCCUCACAAGACAGGAAAGGAGACAACGAUCCGCAGAAAUGUUAAGCUGCAGAAUGCAGCACAGCUUUGCACUAUAUGAAUAAAUACGUGGACGGUUUUGUUUCUGGGAAAAAACCAAGGUUGAAUUCCCAUUGCAAUGCUCAGGAGAAUCUGGCAAAAAAUGCAGGAGGAUUGGAGUAACCACUGUCUGGAUCUAUGCCCUUCUGAGGCUAUUAGCCAUUGCUGUUAGCUUCACAAUUCCAGCAGUACACGUUCACUUCAAUGUCAGCAAAUGGGACAUGGCCUACCUCUGGCAUAGGCACUCGGCCCUCCAGAUGUUUUGGGACUACAACUCCCAUCAUCCCUGACCACUGGUCCUGUUAGCUAGGGGUGAUGGGAGUUGUAGUCCCAAAACAGCUGGAGGGCCGAGUUUGCCAUGCCUGGCCUACCUCAUCAUGACCACAGGAAAUAAUUGCAUUUGGAUUUUGAGCAAGCCUGCAUGGAUUCAAAAUCACAACUAAAAACAAUUCAAAAAAGGUAACUUGGUGGAUGUUUGUGUGCAUCAAAAUAGUAUUAGCACACCCCUGGCAGCAGCGGUUAUGUUUCGGUGGUGGAUGUCAAAUGCAAAGUUUCUGUUUUGAAAACUAUUAUUUUCCAUGUUCCUAGGGAAUCCUCUUGUUUAGGCUUUGGUUAUCAACUGAUUUCACAUGGUUCUCAGCCAACAUAGCCACUGCAUACCAACACAGAGUCUACAAAUUAAAAAAUGGCUAUGAUUUAACGCCGGACCAUUUAUCCCAGUCCCCUAGAACAGCACGCUUGCAUUCUCAUUUCUAAUUUGUCUCAAAAAUUCCAGAAAUGGCUUUCAUUUCAUAUAAAGACAAAAAAGUAUCAAUCACAACGUAAUGUGAUUUGAGAUGUCCAGCAGCUAACUGAUCAAUCCACAGCUCAUACUUACCAUCAUACCAUAUAGCGGAAGCUGCCCGUGGACUUUGAAUUGAUUUGAUGCUGUUAGGCCUCUGCUUGUGUACAGCAAGACAUCGUUGAACUAAAAGGCAAACACAAGAAGGAGCGUAACUUGGUUGAAAACAGGAGAUUUAAACAGGUUUGGUUUAUAGGUCUAGCCAUCUGGAGGAAGCACACAGAGCCUACAAAUGUGCCCAUCACCCUGUGUGAAAUGUAUAUUGGAUCAUCAGUAUGUACCUGCAACCAACCCACUGUUUAUGCCCAGUGGGCCCACAUUCCAGAGAACACACUAUUUCAGGGGUCUAAUCACAUGAUCCAACAGUGUGGGAAACACUUAGACUGUUGUCCCCAUCCCUGGCAUUCAAUAGCCCAAAUAUAUCUCAGUGUUUCAUGAUGUCUUAAGAUCACAAAAAUAAGUAAAUAAAUCUUGAGAGACACAGGACGCAAAGGGAAGAUUCUUUUGCCAUCCCUAAAGAUGGCUUGCUUUGCUUUUUAAGCUGCGUAUUGGCAAGGUAGAUUCUGGUAUUUUAGGAGCUGGCUUUGUUCCAUUCUUGAACUGGGUGCAGACCCUUCAAGUCAUGCAUCUGUGGCCUUUGGGACUCAAAGAUGAUGCACCAAAGGUUGAAAGUACCAGUUGAUUUAUUGUAAUAUGUACUAGGUCACUAGUACACAUUUAUGCAAAUAAAACAGGAAGACGAAAGGACAGGAUAGCAGCCCAGUUCAGACAUAGAUCUUGUUUACAAAUCACAGUAAGCCAUAGUUAAUGGUUUGCCAUGAUUCUUUCUUGCCCAUUUGUGUGCUACCCAUGCUGUUAAGACCACAUUCAUGAAAGACGAUCUUACUUGGCUAUGAGUGAUCGCCAAAGAAGAGCUACCCAUACUGAGGAAACAAAACAUGAUCCUUGGUUUACCAUCAUGUCUGAACCAGGGAUCAUGGCUUGUUUCACUCCCAACAAAACAAUAUCUGCAGCCAAGGUUUGUUCUUGGCUUAGUGAUCAUGGUUUGUUGGGAGUGAAAUCACCAUCCUAAUUUGGAUACAACUCUAUGCCAGGGGCUGUGAUUUGUUUCCCCUGUGUGUUAGUGUAGUGUUGUUUUCUUAGAUUAUUUUACAAUUUGCAUCAAACUCCUUCUUUGAGCUUCUCCCUCCCCCCACCUUUUCCAUCACUUGGCAUUUAUUGCACAGUUGUGUUUGAUUACACACAAACAUUCCACUUACCAGGAAGAACAUCCGCUGCUGUAAGCCUUUUCCAGACAACUUACUAAGGCUACCCAGUCUAAUAAACUCCUGUGCAGGAAUGGAAACAAAACAUGCCAUGUCAGAGCAGUAUCCAAACAUCUGGCUAAAAGUCUGGGCCUAAUUAAUGUUGCAUCACUCAAUUUAUUAUGUUAUGCCUGCCCACCCUGUUGUAAUUCAGCUACACACAGCAGAUAUCCUCUAGGCCACUUCUGCUGUUCUGCCCAUAAGGCCUCGCUCUGCCAUUGCGUCAGAAGUUAUGAAAUGGAAGUUGGGUGACACUUAGGAAAUAGUCGGAACUGGUUGCAGAGCAAUGAGGUGGUAAGUGGGAUUGUCUACCAUGGUGGGCACUGAGCAAAAGGGGAAGGGGGGAAUUAGAGGACAGGAUGCAAUUAAAAAAUAAGAGCCAUGGUAAUGAGCAAUAAACAGAACCCAGGAACAGAGUUAUUACCGCAUAACGUCAUUUAACUAACUAAGUCAGAGGGGAACCAAAGAUCCCUUAAUUCCUUCUGCCCCUCCAUGAGAGGCUGGCAAUACAUUAGCCAGGAAGGCUGCACAGAGAGCCUUGUUGAGCAAAUGCCAGCUCAAUGUGGAAAGAAGUACAACUGGCUCAUCCUCAAAGUGUCCAUUUAUAGCAGGCUGCUUCCGCAUGUAGCUCUCAGCAGCGACGGCACAAAGACAGGAUGUGGAACAGGAAUCAUCGCAUGAAAAAUAUAUUUUACAAUGCAAGGGCUUAGAUCUCCUAGGGUGAUGGCAUACACUGGUGGUCUACCGAGAAUCACAGCUCUUGGUACAGAAUCCACCUAUGGUGCAUUUAUUUUCCUAGUCCAAUUGAUGCAGAACCCACCCUCCUUUACCAGUGCAGGUAACUGGAGCUCCAAUUCUGACUGUCAAGUCACCUGCCUCCAACAUAUGCAAUCUUUGUAUUUUGUUUGUUUCUGGGAAGUAGUAUUUUGAAGCAGUGUGUGGAGCAAGCGGUUGAGAAACAGGAUCCUUUUAUGCGUUAAUCAAAUGAAGGGGGUGAUGUGUUCAAAGGAGUGCUGAAGUGCCUUUUACUGUCCAAGAGCAGACAGGAUUUAUCUUAUUCCUUAAUGCUGUGGUACCAAUGUGUUAAGAUAGAGGGGUAAGCCUUUGCCUGCUUUUUCAGAGGAAAAGGGUAAGGGUAAGGAGGCCUGCCCCCCUUGCUUCUCACCCCUUUGGUUUAACAUCCUCCUUUUUUGGCAGAGCCAUAGUCAAACAAGACAUUCCAAGGAUAUAUAAGGAGUGUAACAACUUUCAAGACACUUCUCCUUCACCCCAAUUACAGUAUUUUUAAAACACCCCCCCCCCCCGGGAUAUGCUCUCAAAUGUUGUUCUGUCACUUACCCUUCCUGGGAUCACCAGAUUGUCAAUACCUAUCAAAUCUUUCUUCAACUCAUGCAACUUCUGGAAAUUUUCCAUCUUCAGCAUACUGCUGUGAAGCUGAGCGACCGCUUCUGAAAUCUCUGCCAGAGCAGCUGCGAAAUGAAACACAGAAGGUGGUAGCAGAUGAACUACCUGGGCUGGAGCUGAAUUCCAUGGGUCUCCCUCUGCCAAAUGCCUCAAGAACCACAUAUAAUAGGCACUGCGACUUAUACCAGGAAGGAGAGAAGCAAGGUUUGUGCAAUACAAUAAUGCACCCGAGGAACCAAAUUGUUGUUCUUGCAGGUGCAUUUGCAACCUCACUAAUGCCUUGCCCCUCUCCUUCCUGGGAAGCCGUAGCAGGGAAGGGAGGUCAUACAAGGGCCGUCACUCCACCGACCAUGACUGCACACAAGAUCUGAUGUUACGGCUCCGGGGGCAGAUUUAGUCUUGCCAGGUCUUCACUCAGGGAUGGUGCACUUUUGUGCCAAAGCAAGCACCAAAGCAAGGAAACAGUAGGCAAUGGUGAGGCCUCCUAAUUCUCAUCCACCAUUCCCUUUGCCCACCCAUUUCUCUUGGUGACUGAUCCCCCCUCCCCUGCUUAGUAGGUGAGCCAGGAGGUGGCAAAGGUAAAGGACUCCUGGGUGGUUAAGUCCAGUCAAAGGUGACUAUGGGGUUGCGGCGCUCAUCUUACUUUCCAGGCCGAGGGAGCUGGUGUUUGUCCACAGACAGCUUUCCGGGUCAUGUGGCCAGCAUGACUAAACUGCUUCUGGCGCAACGGGACACUGUGACGGAAACCAGAGUGCACAGAAACGCCAUUUACCUUCCUGCCACAGUGGUACCUAUUUAUCUACUUGCACUGGCGUGCUUUCGAACUGCUAGGUUGGCAGGAGCUGGGACAGAGCUCACCCUGUCAAAGGGAUUUGAACCAUCGACCUUCUGAUCGGCAAGCCCAAGAGGCUCAGUGGUUUAGACCACAGCACCACCUGCCAGUCCUGCUAAUGGUGUAGGGAGCACGGCAUGAGUUCCAGCAGUCUCCAUCUCGGGGCGAAAACUUAGCAACCCACAACUGCUAAUGUAAAUAAUUUCAGGUUCUACUUUAGCUGUACUUGCCCCAUGGGUCUGUAUAAACACAUUUAAGUAUUAUAUAGACUAAUAACAAGUGCAACAUUUUGUUAUAAGAUUCUCUUGUCUCCUUUUAUUACACUGGGAUUCUUCCAAGGAAUGUUAUUUCUGAUUAAAAAAAAUGGUUCCUCUGGGUUUCAAGAUAAUUAAAUUAUCUUAGUCGUUCAUCAAUUGAUUUUUUUAGCUUGUGGGUCUGCAGUUCACAUAACUUUAGUGCACACAUUUCCUUGUUUUAAAGCACCUUUCAUGCAGUAUUUUGGGCAUGUUUCAAUAUCAGGCAUUUUUGCUUCUCUAUUCUGUAUUUAAAACCACACAUUUCAGCUACCUUUUACACUCACUGGUCAUCACAUUAUUCUGGAUGGCUGCCCAGAAAUGUCAUAAGAAGCUUGAAAGAUUGAAAUGCUAAUGCCCAUAAACAAUGAUUGUGUUGUGUUUGUCUGUAUUUUUAAAUCUCUCUCUAGAGGAUCUACCUAAGGAACCUAUUGGAGUGCCAUGACUUCCAGUGCAUCGUUACUUACAAUGAAGCCCAAGGGAUAACCCUGUUGUAGUGAAAUAUAAAUUAUUAAGCAUUCCCACCCUCGUUUCAGCAUUCUGCACAAUUGUUCAGUUGUUUGUGAAAUGGACUCGUAUGGGAGAGUUGGGCUGAAAUCCUAUACCUAUUUAUCCAAGAUCCAAGCCCCACUGAACUUACGAGCGUUUCAGAAAUAUGCCUGAAUCACUCUGGUAAGGACCCAACUAUGCAUUACACAAAAAUGCAUAUAACUAAACUCCACGUCUCCUUUUCUCAAGAAGCAGCUUCUGCAGAAGCCAAUUUUAUAGAAUCAUAGAGUUCUGGUCCAACCCCCUGCAAUGCAGGAAUCUCAGCGAAGGCAUCCAUGACAGAUGGCCAUCCAACAUCUGCUUAAAAACCUCCAAGGAAUGAGAGUCCACAACCUCCCAAGGGAGACCAUUCCACCGUCCAACAGCUCUUAAGUUUUUCUGAUGUUUAGUCGGAACCUCAAUGCCAUUGGUUCGAGUCCUACCCUCCAGAGCAGGAGAAAACAAGCUUGUUCCCUCUUCCAUAUGACAGCCCUUGAGAUAUCUGAAGGUUGCUAUCAUAUCUCCUCUGAGUGUCCUCUUUUCCAGGCUAAACAUACCCAACAUACUUUAGACUGGUGACACAGCACAGCAGGUUACUGCUUAAUCCUACCCCCUCUUUCUACUCUAGAUCACCUCCUCCUAAAGCCACAGAAUAAAAAAUAAAAUAAAGGGCUGUCAGGGUUCAGUCACAUACAUCUGCAUGCAAUAUGUCCUUAGGAGCUAAGAGGUAUGGAUCUGCUAAUCGAGGGAGAUUUCCUCCAAUACUCAACUCACCUCUGGAGUCCCUGAAGUCCACAUGAUUCGGUGGAUAAUGUUUACAGAGCCUUUCCAUUAUCUGCUUGUAGUGCAUAAGUCUGUGCAGAGGCCUGAGAAGGAAGGUGUUGAGGGGCAGAUAACAGACUUUCUGCAACUCAAAGUCUCUGCAUAAGGUUUCCAGCUUUCGAGAAUUCUUGAUCCCAUUCUCCAGCUCAACCAGGACCUCGGUGUGCUUCCGCAAAUGAACCGUCAGUUGCUAGAGAGAGAAAGGGGUGGGGGAGAGACGUAGUCAUUAUUUAGUACAUCUUUAACUCUGCAUCUUCAGCGCAAAGGCGUAUAAAGCUAUUACGACGGCAUAACUAUAAAAUCAAGGGCAACACAAUGCAACGCCACAAGAAGAGAAUGAGCAGUAGAUACAAACACAUAUAAGAACAAACUGCUUCCGUAGUGGUUUAAAGAGGUUUACAAGGCUAGGAGAAUAGAAAGAUCUUUGCUUGAAACAAGGUCAGAGUUGCUUGAGUUGGGGUGCCACAAAACCCUGUCCCUGGUUGCCAUGUGCUUUAGUUCAAAAGGUGAAAGUACCUGGAGGAACAUCUCUGAUAGUGAUCUCAGGAACUAGGUAGACUGGCAAUAAACUGCAUGUGAGAUUGAAAAGGAGUAGCGCCAUGUUGUUGCCAUACUGAAUACCAUUACUACUUCUUUCUUGUUUUCAUGCCGGCAAUGUAAAGGGUUUAGACCAGGGAUAGGGAACUUGUAGCUCUUCAAGUGGUAUUGGAUUCGCAACACCUAUCAGCCCCAGACCGUGCAGGCAAUGGGCAGGGUUAACGGGAGCUGUGGUCCAGCAGCAGACGAGGGACCACAGGUUCAUUACCUCUGAUUGACACCAUGGAUAUCUUAGGGAACUCCUAGCCCUACAUCAGUCUUCCUCUGCUGGUACAAAUCCAAUGAGUUUCUGCUCUGAGUGCCUUCAAAGAUCUGUCUGGUCACUUCUCUGUUGUGACAUCCUCCCUAUGGAAUGCUCAGUGUCCCAACAACACUCACUUUUGGAAAGGCUGUGAGGAACUUGGGCCCAAACAUCUCUGACCAUCUUGGACACUGGUUUGGAGGUGUUUUGUGGAAUUUCCCUCAACCUCUGAGAUGGGAAGCUUUUGAAUAUUACACUUACCAUGUGGAGGUUAUUACAGCAGCAAACACAUGGGGUUGUAAUGUUCAAAUUAAAUGUUAUGGUCAGCCUUGGAAAAACAACAGUUUUGUAUACCCUGUGUGCUAUCCAUCAGCAAAGGCUAAGGAGAGAUUGGAGCGUCACGGAUAAAAGAGCAUUCCACAAACUGAUGGAGUAAGCCCAGACAUGAAUAUUGCCUCAGUAGCUUUUCCCACCCAGUUAACUUCCUUGUGGUUGGAGUUGGAUGCUGCUCAAGUAUCCUCCAAACCUAUUUACUGCCAUGCAUGUGUGGACCAGAAGCACAAACAAAUGGUGCUUUCAUAUAAAGAUCUUGGGUUCUGCAUCUCAAAAAACUGACCCUUAUGAUGCCACUUCCAAACCAGCUUUGAAUUGGUGAUCCUAUGCUUCUACUUAUAGGAAAACUUACCCCUGUGUGUUUGAAAACCUUAUGGCAAAAAGGUGACCUACAAAUUUUAAUAACUAUUGUUUCUAUAAUGAUUUGGGCUUUAGACAACCCAUAGUUUUCAGCUGCAGAAGCUCCACUCUAAUUGCUCAGAAAUUCAUUGACUUGUUUUUGUUUCAGUGAGCAAUUGCAGCACAAAUCACAAAUUUUUAUUGCUUAGCCAAUCAUUCAACGGUACAAUAAGAAAAAUACGAUGAAAGGCACAAUCCACUGAAAGAUCCAAUAUCUUCUGCAAUUAUCAUGUUGAUAAAAACUAUAAACACUUACUACAAAAAAUGAUCAUAUCCUUUUACAAUGUAGGGGGUUCACAGUCCCCUACUAUUUCACCUUCUUCAUCCACCUUCAUUAUUCUAAAUCAUGCUGGCGAUCCAUCAUAGGGGAUUUGGCCCAGAACUGGGAAGCUAGCUAAGUCUAAUAUGGUCUUAGGGGUCUGAUUUGUCACCAAGAAGACCAAAAUGUCCUCUCCUACUCAACCCUUUUUGCCUUCCAAUCACUUUGCUAUGUGUCUAUGUCUAAGAUAAUCACCGUAUUUUUUGCUCUAUAAGACGCACCAGACCACAAGACGCACGUAGUUUUUGGAGGAGGAAAACAAGAAAAAAAAUAUUCUGAAUCUCAGAAGCCAGAACAGCAAGAGGGAUCGCUGCACAGUGAAAGCAGCGAUCCCUCUUGCUGUUCUGGCUUCUGGGAUAGUUGCACAGCCUGCAUUUGCUCCACAAGAUGCACACACAUUUCCCCUUACUUUUUAGGAGGGAAAAAGUGAGUCUUAUAGAGCAAAAAAUACGGUAUAUUGACCGUACUGCAUCCACUGUAUGUUCCAUCUUUUCCACGGCUGGUUGUUCACACCGACACUAGCCGUGUCUACUUGAGCCAACUAGACAUAACUGUAGAAGGGAACCUAUUAAGUUUUUCCAGGAAAUACAGCAGGGACUGUGUGAUGUUGUUGUUCAAAAAGAGAGCAAGCAAGCAAGGCUGCAUGAACGCCUGUGUGUGCAUGCAUGCAUAAACUGGUCCCAUAUGAUCCACACUAGGGUUUAAGGCUGUGCAUAAUUCAUACCUUCAUAUUCUGGAUGUUCUUCAGCAUAACGUCCCCAAUUCUUUGGUAAUCUCCUUUCAAGUGGGCAUUAGAGCGGCCUUCCCUGCCAACAACAGAAUUAUCCCAUGUCAGUCAAGCAUUAUAACCGUAUCAUCACUCAAAGAGAAAAAGGAUUUUCUACAUUAAAAACAAAAUAAAACCCCCAACAUUGCUCUGUGCUGCUAUUUAGGAGUCUUAUUAAUGUGCUGUUAAUUCCCACACGAGGUACAUUCUUCCUUUGCAACAGCUUGCGUUUCUGACAGGGCCAAGGCCAUGAACUUUGCAAACCUACAAAGUUUUGAAGACAAAAGGGCAAAUGCAUUGUUUUGAAAGCUACAAGGACCGACAACUGGAGGGGGGUGGAAAAAGAAAUGCUGGGAUAGUAUCAGAAAGGAAAUUUACCACACAGCGGGAAAACUGACACACGCGUUUGCCAAAUACUUGUAAUGCUCGAUUCAAAAGUUCCAGCCCACAGUAUCCUGGGAUAGACUUAAAGGAUGCUAAUUGAAACCCUUGUCUCCUUGGACUGAUCUGGAAAUGAAUCAAUUUGAUCCCCCUGCCAAACUAGAAAACAAAUUAAUAAAUCCCCCCAAGGCAAUCCAAGUGACUAGUGCAACCAUUCAUUUUACUUCUUGAGUGAAUGGGAUAGCAUACCCUCCAACAUUACUCCUAUGAAAAUAAGGAUGUUCUCUUCCAUAAUAAUAUUUUUUCUUAUUUAUACCCCACCCAUCUGACUGGGUUCCUCAGCUACUCUGUGUGGCUUACAACAUACAUAAAAACAUAACAAAACAUUAAAAAACUUCCCUAUACAGUGGUACCUCGGGUUGCAUACGCUUCAGGUUACAGACUCCGCUAACCCAGAAAUAGUACCUUGGGUUAAGAACUUUGCUUCAGGAUGAGAACAGAAAUCGUGCUCCGGUGGCGCAGCAGGAGGCCCCAUUAGCUAAAGUGGUGCUUCAGGUUAAGAAGAGUUUCAGGUUAAAAACGGACCUCCGGAACGAAUUAAGUUCUUAACCCAAGGUACCACUGUACAAGAAUGCCUUUAGAUGUCUUCUAAAUAUUAUGUAGUUACUUGUCUUCUUGGUUUGGGAGCCACAUAACUGCAUACCCUCCAAGAUUUCUCUGAUGAAAACAGGGACAUCCUAAGGAGAAGCGGGACAUUCUGGGAUCAAAUCAGAAACCGGGAUGGCUUCUGUAAAUCGGGGACGGUCCCUGGAAAAUAGGGUGACUCACGAGGGUCUAGGAUAGACCCUUGGAGGGUCUAGAAUACCCUUCUCCACUGCCCUGAUAUGUUCCUUUGCAGCGAAACAGCACUGACAAAACAUACAUUACAAUACAUAAAAAACAAUACAACAAUACAGCAAGAAAAAAAAGAAAAAAACAAUAACAUUAAAACACACAUCCAAUGUUCCAUAUCUUUAAUUUACUUGUUUCAUCGACCUCCUCACACCUCCCUUUUUGUAUUCUAAUUUAAAUAAUUGUUUCAGCAAAUUCUUUCCAUCUUUCUCAAUUUUUUUAUAUAAUUUAUCUUAACAAUCUAACCUUUUAAUUAACUCAAGAAGUCCUUUCCAUCUUUCACUAUAUUCUGUCAUUCAAUUUACCUUAAUUUAUUUAACCUUAUCUUACCAUAAAAAAAACCUUAAAACUUAAUACUUAUUUGUAUAUAACUCCUUAUAUCAUUUCUACUAAAGCCAAAUAGUUUCAUUCCAACAAUUUUCCUAAUACUUGUUAAUUUUACACUAAUUCUCAAAAUAAAUUUUUUUUAAAAACUUUCUUCCAAUCUUCAUCCAACGUCUCUUCUUCCUGGUCUUGGAUUUUGUCAGUCCUUCUUGUCCAUUCCAUCUAGUCCAUCAACCUGGUGGUCUUAUGUCCGAGGCUCUUAAGUCUUUUCCAUGUCCCUUCUGCAGAUCUUCUUCUUGUUUAUACCUGCACUUUACUUUGUCUUUUGUUGAUCUUUUUCUUAAUUUCUUUCCUUUCUCAUUGGGGGAUAGGUCUCGGGAGGACUCCAAUCCAAAAAUAUCUCCAUCUCCAUCUUCCCUCAGCAAAUCAGCCCAUUCCCCACAGUCCCAUUCCCCACAGUCAACACUGUAAUCCAGGAAGUAUUUAAAAGCAUAUUUCAAAAUCCUUCCAAAAUUAAGAGCCCUCACAACCCCAGACCCCCCCUGGUCCACUCCAAAUUCAAACUUCAAGAACAGGGGCUUAUGCUCCUGCAAGGCCUCGGAUCUCGCCAUUUGUGUUACUUGAGGUUCAACAGCAACCUCCUCCAUUAUCUUCUGCGCUUGCGCUUGCCCUGUCAAAACAAGUUCCUGGGCUGGUUCCUGAAUGGUUUCUAUAUGGGUAUUCGCCGUUUGUCCAAAGUUUUUAACUGCAACAGUCAUCAAAUCCAUCUUCUCAUGCAUCUGCUCCAGCAAAGCGCUUGUCUUGCAAAAAGCAAGCACCAAAACUUCUUCUAAACACAUUUUUAUUCAAGGUCAAAGUCUGGUCUCACGAUCCUAAUCUUACAGCUGUGAAAUCCCCAGAUCGACUCCGGCAACAAAUUAACAAGCUCCCUCUAGAGGAGACAAUUUCUAUUUGUAUCCAUCUUUUGAAAGCAGGACCAACAAAAGAAAAUUACUUUCAUUUUUCAAAUAUUUUGUUUCUUUUAAAUGCAAGAAGCAACAUUGGAGUCAAUUUGUUUCUCUUUUUUUACUAUCUGUCAAAAGACGUUCCAUUCACAGUCGAUGAACUUCCCCAUAAAUUUCUGUCUCUGACACCCCGUUCCCAGGUUUGAGACGGUGGAAAUUUAUCUUUCUUUACUCUCUCUCCUGCAGGCUUAAACAGUCAAAAAUUCCCCCCCUUUUCUCCUGCUUCCAAGAGGGGUUUGGGUGGUAAUAACUGAAGGAAAUUUAGACCUUUAUAUACGACUUUCCAGACUUUAGCUUACAAAGUUUUUGCUUCAAUUUAUUUACAAAAACGGGAGGCGGACUUCCUGUUUAGAGCCUUCCCGCUUCAGUGCCGAAUUAAAAUGAUUCUUAAUCCAAUUUUCCGUUCUACUCAUGGGUACUUGUUUAGAGUCCAAUUGUCCACAGGAAAAAAUCAGCGCUCUCCGGCAACGGCUGUGCGGCUUCACUCCGUAAAAGUAGCGGUUGAUUCAAAACACCGCGCCACUCACCCCAUGUCGCUUCGGAUCCCCGAAAAAGGGUUUCCCUGCAAGUAGGGGAGGCGCUCCUGGUGUCAGCCGAAUCCCACGUUCCCAGGCUUCCUCCGCCUGGGAUUUUUAGAGGGUCUCCGCCUUUGCCGCGGCGGCAAGACCCGAUUUUCACGGAGCGGGUUCCUCUCGGUCAGAGGAACUCCGCCAUUGCCGUUGGCGCUAACCCCGAAGUCUGACCCUUGGGUCUCUUUCCAAAGGCUGCUGUUCUAUCACCUCUGGUGUGCAACAGAUCAUGUUAGGACAAUGGAGAGAGGAAAAGAGGGGGAAUUUCCGUUCUCACGUGCCGAUAAGUAAAGCAAGGGAUGGGGUUUGGUGGUUGGCAGCAAGUGGUAUGGCAGGAUCUAAGCUAGAAAAAGUUAUGGAUUCCACCUCACCAGGGAUCCCUAAAAGCCUGGCUCUACUUUGAGGUGCACUGCUACAAACCUUGGAAGUUAGUCUGAACUUCUAUAGAUGAAACUGAUGGGAAUGCACCCUGACAGCUCCAGAUCAGUGUGCAGACUUUAGUUUGUGUAUCACAGUAUAUUGUGCAAGCCUUUACUUUCAGGCACUAAAAAAAAUAAAAAUACAUUUGGUCCUUCUCCACUGGAGAUAUUUAGACUCUCCAUUCACUCAGUAUUUGAAAAAGCUGAAGCAAAGUUGUUUGUCAUGUGGCAUUGGGGGUGGGGAGAGGUUGCUGUUCAAUAAACAGUGGGCCCUAAGCUCCCUUGGGCGCAAAGAACUGCGUACUUCUCCGGAUCCAGCCCGAUUUAGUUCCUGCUCAUUUCAACAGGGCCACUUUCCAAAUAAACGUUCUUAUGAUUGUGGAGCAGACAAAGCCUCCUGAAUCCACAAUGUUUUAAGAUAAAAAGAAUAAUGCUAUUGAGACAAUUCUUCAGGGUGAGCAUGCAUUUGCAUUCAGCAUCCUUAUUACACAGGCCUCUUGUGUAUUAUUUUCUAGCUUGAGAAGCGUAAGAGGAAAAACAAAUAUCGCAGAGAGAAUCAGCCACUGAAUUAUCUCUGCCCAACAAGAAUUUUAAAAAAGAGUUUCCAAAAGAAGAUGCUAAACUAUUUCAUAUUAGUGGACCAGUGAAGCCAGAUUGCUGUAUCUUACAUUUUAUCAUUAUAUUAUACCCCAGACUGCUGCAUCUUCCAGCUUUAUCGUCAAAUGCUCUCAGACCUCAAUAUGCAGAACAAAGCUAAAAACAAAUUUUCUCACUGAAAGUCCAGUUUGUGCUACAAGAAAGACAUUAAUAUUGCAUGAUUUUCUUUUUUAAAAUGUAAUGAAUGUCACAAGCUUGGCAUUUGCUUCAGGACCACUUAUAAACAUAUGAGGUGGAGCUGCCUACAGAAGUGUGCACAAUUGCCAGGAGAGGCUAGCCUGACCUUGGGGUGGGUGGAUCUGUCUCUUUCUAAUCCAUGUCACUUUGGAAUAUGUUCAUUCAUAAGUCUCUCAUACUCUGUUUCACCAUAAGUGGGAUUUUAAUAAUGAUCCGGUUCACACCUUCCAGACGAAUGUGCAGAUCUGAACAAAACGGUUAUCCUUCAGAAUUAGCACCUCCCCAAAUUCUGUGAGGUAGGUUUUUAGCUCAAAAAAGUGUUAUGAUUAAUUAAAAUGCAUGUAUUUCUUAGAUGAAAUGCAGUUCUGACAGAAAAUAUAUUUAGAAAAGCAUAUUUUGUGAGAAAAAAAUGUUUAAAACGAUGUGUGGCAUUCAGCUAAGUUUUAUACAGAGAAGACCCAUUGAAAUUAAUAAAUUAUGCCUGUCAAUUCCGGUGGGUCUACUAUGAGCAAUACUUAGUUGAAUACACCUUUAUUUUCUUUACCAACAUUAUUGCCACGGACAUUAUCCCUGACUCUGCCAAAUGAUAUUCUACUCAAAUAGAAGCAUAAAAUGGUGUUGCACCUCCCAAAAAAGAAGGUAAAAUUUAAUUUUUAUCAAAAAGUGGUAUAAAAGGCCCCAAAGCGGGACCCAAAACCAACAAAAAAUUAUGAUGCUAUAAGAAAUAUAGCAACAUAUAGCAAUUUGCCUGUGAAUACUAGAAGCUAUGCUUUACAGCAAUAAUUCCACUCUCCACUUAUCGGCAUCUCAAUAUUCAAUGCUAAUAUUAUUACCCUGGGAGAGCAGUAAAGAAUAAAUACCUGUAUUGACUUUUCUUUUUGCUAAGGAAAAAGAAAAUCUUAAGCUGGUCCUGUAGAAAUCAACAUAAAGCUUAGCCAGAAAUUAAGCUUUGAAUAUAAGGAGAAUUCAGAUUUUGGGGAAAGCUCUGAGCAGAUAUACAUAUAAUAAUGAUGAUGUGACCAUUCAGUUGCAGCAAAGGUCAUUUUAACACUACAUACCUUUGCUGCGACUGAAUCAAUUUCCUAGUUUUACUCUGAGUGCAAGUAGGCUGCCUGCUGAGGUCAGAGGGAAGGACAAAUUGUUGGAUGCUGACAUGCUGAAGUAAUUCUGCCCCUUGGUCUCCUUGAGUGCAAGACUAUACCCAAAGGUUGCAUUAGUUCAAACAAUGGCUCAAAAGGGUCAUGCGUUCCAAACUACAAUAAGGAAAAACAAAAUGUGGAGGAUUUACACAUAGCCCCCUCAAAACAGAAGGCAAUCCUGAAAUAACAUGCAGAAUGACUGAAUUAUGGCAUUUUUCCUGGUAAGGGAAUAUCGCUCUUGUCCUGACAUGAAAAUGGAGACCAGAACAGAAAAAGGGUAAAGCCCAAGGCAAAACAUCUGAUCACCACUUGUUGCUAGAGUCGAUAGGAAGCCAUAAGGAAUCCGCACCAUCUUUACAAGAAAACUGAUCUCCAAACACAGGAAGAAGACAGAUGAAGCAGAGGGGAUCAAAGAUGACAAAAACCCAAUAAUUGUUUUUACAACCUAGGGAUUCUUUUAACUACCUUCUUUAAUCAACUCAGAUUUCAAAAACCAAUCUUCAUCAAAUGGGCCUCUGAGAUACAAUAAGCAAGAUGAAAUAUAGUGGCUGGGCAUCUGCAGAAAGAAUACUAGCUUACUGUUACUAUUUCUUGCGCUGACACCCAGCUGUUCCUCCAAGGCACUCAGAGUUACUUCCACACAUGGUGCCCAGCUGGCCUCUCAUUCAAUUGGCACCAAGAGCCAGACAUUUUAGCUUUGAUGCCUUCAAGACCACUCUUCCGAGUUUAUUUUACAGGAUUAUUUUUUUGGGGGGGGGGGACAUGGGUGGCACUGUGGGCUAAACCCCAGAGCCUAGGACUUGGCGAUCGGAAGGUCGGUGGUUCGAAUCUCCGCCACGGGGUGAGCUCCCGUUGCUCGGUCCCUGCUCCUGCCAACCUAGCAGUUCGAAAGCACCUCAAAGUGCAAGUAGAUAAAUAGGUACCGCUCCAGCGGGAAGGUAAACGGUGUUUCUGUGCGCUGCUCUGGUUCACCAGAAGUGGCUUAGUCAUGCUGGCCACAUGACCCGGAAGCUGUACGCCGGCUCCCUCGGCCAAUAAAGCGAGAUGAGCGCCGCAACCUCAGAGUCAGCCACGACUGGAACUAAUGGUCAGGGGUCCCUUUACCUUUACUAAGGAUUACUGAGAUAACGUGGUAUCCAGCACCCAGGUAAAAGCGUUCUAAGUACCCCCGUAUUAUGACUUUAACAUGCUCUGAAACGAGAGCACAAAGUGUACCUGAUAGUUAAAGUGAGAAAUGCUUAUUCCAGGUUACUGAUGCUUUUGGUGAGUAUAGUUAACUCCAAAAGAAGUUAACUUGCAUCACAGUCUUGCACAUGUCUACUCAUACACAAGUCCAACUGAGUUUAUUAUUUAUUUGCUUACUAUAUACAGUCAUGGGGGGAAAGGAAGUACAUUUUCUUUGAUUUCUAUGGUUUAACGUAUGAGGACAUAACAACAACAAUCUGUUCCUUAGCAGGUCUUUAAAAUUAGGUGAAUACAACCUCAGAUGAACAACAACACAUUGGCAUGUAACACUGUGGCAGGAAGAAUCAGCUGCACAGAUAUAAGAUGGGGGACACCCGGCUUGCAAGUAGUACAUGUGAAAAGGACCUAGGGGUCUUAGUAGACCACAGGCUUAACAUGAGUCAUCAGUGUGAUGCAGCAGCAAAGAAGAGUUAAUGUUCUUCUAGGCUGUAUCAACAGAAGUAUAGUGCCCCAAUCAAGAGAAGUAAUAGUACUGCUCUAUUCUGCCUUGGUCAGACCACACCUGGAAUCCAGCGUCCAGUUCUGGGCACCACAAUUUAAAAAGGUUAUUGACAAGCUGGAAUGUGUGCAGAGAAGGGUGAUCAAAAUGAUCAAGAGUCUGGAAACCAAGCCUUAUGAGGGAGUUUAGCCUGGACAAGAGGAAGCUGAGAGGAGAUAAGAUAUCUUCAAAUAUCUAAAGGUAGGUCUCAUGGAAGAUGGAGCAAGCUCCUUGUCUCCUACUCCGGAGGGCUAGGAUGUGAACCAAUGGUUUUUUAAGCAGAGGUUGGAUGGCCAUCUGCCAUGGAUGCUUUGGUUGAGAUUCCUGCAUUGCAGGGGGUUGGACUAGAUGACCCUCAGGAUCCCUUCCAACUCUACAAUUCUAUGAUCCCUGAACAACGUGGAAAGGGGCACUGGUGACUGCUGAGAGGACAAUGGGACAGGGGAAUUCCACGCCCCCACUGUGAACUUCCUUAAUGCAGCCUUUGGAUUAAGGGGAACACAGCCGAGUCUUUGUAUAUUAAAAUGUUAAGACAAGAAGCCCCUGGAGGUCAAGCUUUGUCUUCUUAUUUCAGACUCUAAUGAAGACGAAACAGACCACAUCCAGCCUAGGUUAAGUAAUGAGCCAUGGCCUUAGAAAUCAAUCACAAACAGCCUUUUUAGAGAGGGACAGAAUGCUAGGAGGUAAUGUAUUCACGACCUCCUUUUUAAAAAAUUCAUUCAUGCCAAAAGUGGGAUUUCUUAUGUGCAAAUUCAAUUUUACUAGUUCUGUUCUGUGUAUGACUACUCAGAAGUAUGUCCUAUCCCUAUAUACACACACUUGCUUGGACAUGCACAGUAAAAAUGGAAGGAACAAUCUGGCUUUCUACAGCUGGUGAGACUAAUAUGACGUACAGGUUAUACUGUAUAUGCUGAAAGCAACUAGCAAGGCUUAUUUGCAGAAACUGCAAGGAGAUAAAAAUCACUCUACAUAUUUUACUUGCCUCAUUAUUUUCAGUCAGCUUAUUGUUCAGCGCAAUGGAUAAAAACUAGUAAACCCCCCUGCGGUGUUUUAGCCUGCCUGGGAAAACUAUUACAUUAGAAUAAAGAACUCGCUGUGCAAAAAAAUAAAAAAUAAUCUAGGAUAAAUCUUAACGCAGAGGAUUUCCUCAUGCGAAACAUAAAAUUUAAAUCACAGGCCAGAGAAACAAAACUGCAGUUUGUUACUGACCUUGCUUUCAGUCAAAACCUCCCAAGACAGACCUAUAAAUUGUUAUGAGUUUGGGGUUAACACAUUCCCCUGGACUAGUACAGCUUGCCAGAACACAAUAAACAACAGUUUGCAAGCGCUGUCUCCAGAGAGGUUUCCCAGUGGCCUACUUACUUGGUAUUAUAGAACGACUAAAGAGUUUCUAUUACCUAGGAAUGCACAACGAAAGUAACGGAUAUUUGAAUGCACAACAAAAGAAGUGUGACGUUAGAUAAAAAACAGAAAAAGGGUGCAUAUGAAACAAGACUAUGGCUUCCAGGAUAAGAUCAUAUUGUUCUUUCUUACAAACAGCUUUAAGCCCAUACUGAAAUCAUUCACCAUCUCAAACAAUUCUAUGUCCAUGAGCCGAAAUGCCUGUCUGAGGCCUCCUUUGAACAUUCCUUAAAAAUGCCAAGAGAGGAAGUCUUAGCAAAUUAUGCUUUCUGCAUCCCCACUACUAUAGAACGGGCAGGGUGCCCUGCUGCAGAAACAAUUCCUAACUUGUGCUUCUGGCUAAUUAAAUCUGAAAGAAAGAAGAAAUAUUCCUAACAGAAGAAAGCCUUAGUAUCGAUUUGGCUCCACUGAUUUGGAAAAUAUAUUCAUAGGGUGACUACCCCUAUCCCUUUUGGGCACAGGCAACCCUACAAAUCAACUCAUUCUAAGGAAGGGUUUAACUCACUUUGCACAAAUAUAGGGCUGGCGGAAAAAAUAUGUCUGGUGCAAGAGGUUAAUUUUCCCCACCACAGACACAACACUACACGGAAUACCUGCUCAACACAGACAACCCCUGUUGCCAUUACAGGUAGAGAAUAAACCUCUAAAAGUGGAAGCAAAUGAAUGGGUUAUCAUUGUGAAAAUGAGAGUGACUAAGGCCCGGAUUCAACUAACCCAGUGUGCUAGGGAGCAGUACCAGUGCUUCCACUGGUCUACUCCCUAAAAUCCGCGCAAGAGGGUCAGGAAACUCCCAGACAAGUCCUACUACAAGCUCCAGCUCUGCCAACUACAUUAUUUCCAAGGCAUAUUCACUUGAGUUGUCAGGCAGACGAUUGGUGAAAUCUUAGGUUAAUAUGCCAUACAGCUGAGUAUGCUCAGUAUAAUACACUUAUAUUUCUGCAAGACUAUUUGUAAACUGAAGCAUUAGACAAAGAAAACAUAGCAGUUCAAAUCUUUACAACUUAUCUAUUUUGUGGCAGAAAAAAAGUGGCAUUAAAUAAAGAAACAAGCCUCUUGGUCUCAGCUAAUUUUUUUUGUUUUUGUUUCAAAAAAGCUUAGUAGAAAGCGUUUCAUUUUUAUUCCUUUACAAAAUAUAAAAAGGGGUGCAAACUCUUAUUAUUUCUGCUAUUCAGCUCAAUACUACUUAUCACAUUUGGCUCAUGCCCAGCAAGCAAUGUGUAAAGGCAUUGUAAAGGAAAACUGAUUUCGUUUCUGUUUGAUCGCCACCAAAUAGAAUUUACUCUCCUGAGUAACGCUACUAAACUCCAGGUUUUCUAGAUAUGUACUAUGCCAAUGAUUAAGGAGUACAUUAGAGUACAUUUCAUUUCAGUUUUUUCUUCUUUGACUACUGAUGAAGAAAAUUACAGAUGCCAAUAAAGGGAAUAAUUCAUUAAAGAUCAGUGAUCAAUUGGGAGAGUAAGGCUACCAUCUGAGAUAUUUAUUAAUCUGUCUAUCUGCUCAAGGGCACAAUGGGGGAGGGAAAGGUUUAACAGGGAUGGAAUAGCGAAAGAAAAACAUUUCCAAAUUACUCACAAUAGGUAGGGAAAAGGUUCCUUAAACGGUUAGCCGAUUCUGAUAAGUCACCAGAUCUGCCUCUUAUUGCCUCUGUUUUUAAUAAAUCAGGAUUAGCUAGAAUCACACAGUGGGGAAUAAUCUUAUAAAAACCAUUAGCUCCUUCUGGCACCAUUCCACCUCCCUUUUUAAAAAGGGCUUCUUUGACCUUAGAGCUGAAUCCCUUCUCGUAAUCGAUCUCCUGCUCAGAGGUUUAAAUAUAUUGUCUACAUUAAAGAUCUAGAGGGAUUUAAGAAAUUGAUGAGAUGAUUUGGCUAUCAGAUUGGUGAGGCUUAAUACCAACAGUAGAAGAGGAGGAAUCUGUAAACCUGGAGCUGCAAACCUGUAGGUGCCGCCAUAGAAAAAGUGUGCAUAACUCAGGAAUAACGUUUUAUCCUUCGCAUCAAACUCCAAUCUCCAAAUCCAAUCUCUGGGUUCCAGCCAGUGUUGCACAUGGAGGAAACAAUUUGAGCAGCCUCUCUUUCCUUUCCCAUACUACUGAUAUCCUCCAACCCUCUGAACAUUGGACCAUCUGGGAGGGGGCUACAGAACAUUCUGGGAUGUGGCAUAUGGUGUGGAAAUUUGGGGGUCUGUGUGCCUAAAAUCAGGCAGAGGAAUCUUGUACUAUUGUCACAUGAUUCCUUAUUUCAGGUGAUUUCUGCCCCCAAAAAGAUAGUUCAGAAUGUUCAGUAGGCUCUACCCAUCUGCUGCUGCCUUGGUCAUCCGAAUAAGUUUUCUAGGAGAGGGUAUUGAGAGUUGCAGAAGCGUUGGACUACUGGUUGCAUGAGCUACCUUCUGCUUGUGCAAUGUUGGCUACAACCCGCCAUGUUGAAAGAAUCUCAUGGGUAAUAGUACGUUUCCGAGCACAAUUCAAAGUAUUGGUGCUGACCUUUAAAGCCCUAAACGGCCUCAGCCCAGUAUACCUGAAGGAGCAUCUCCACCCCCAUCGUUCACUGAGGUCCAGCUCAGAGGGCCUUCUGGCGGUUCCCUCGCUGCGAGAAGCCAAGUUACAGGGAACCAGACAGAGGGCCUUCUUGGUAGUGGCACCCGCCCUGUGGAACGCCCUCCCACCAGAUGUCAAAGAGGAAAACAACUACCAGACUUUAGAAGACAUCUGAAGGCAGCCCUGUUUAGGGAAGCUUUUAAUGUUUAAUAGAUAAUUGUAUUUUAAUAUUCUGUUGGAGGCUGGGGGGAAACCCUGCCAGAUGGGUGGGAUAUAAAUAAAUCAUUAUCAUCAUCACCAUCAUCAUCUUUGCCUGAGACAGAAGGGAUAGAAGACAGAGUAAUGGUUUUAGAAAGAAAAAAUUAAUGCAAGUGCUUUCUGUGCUUCAUUGGGGUCAGGGUCUGGUCAUAAAGCAGUGGAUAGUUAGGGCCAUGGUUUCCUGAAAUUCUACCUCCAGAAUACUCUUUCCACACAAGCUCAUGUGCCUAACCUAGUGGGGCACCUUCUACAUAAUCCUAUCCCUGCAUACUGUAAAUGACAACAUUCUAGGCUGCACACUUUUCAUACAAGGUGGUACUGACAGGUAAGAAGUCACCUGGCUACAUAUUCUAGAGGGGAAAUGGGAAAUUAUGGAAAAGUGGUCUGCUAAGCAGCUUGCCUUGCUUUUCAUCGUCAGACCCCGACAAUCUCCAAGGAAGACAACGUUUAAAUGGAACACAAUUUCAAACUAUGCUUGGGGGUACUUGACAGCUAUGGUGGGAGGUUUAAAUAUAGCUUUUGUUACUUUGUGGGCCUUUCAGCAAAGCUGUGACACCAUGCUGUACGUUGUGCUUUUGGAAGGUUUACAAAUAGAUGCCUGGCAAAUGGAUCACAUCUGUCAAACGAACACGUCAAAAAACCUUGCUUCGGAGACAGUUUUUAUCUACCCGCCAUUGCCCUAGUUUUGAAUUUUCACUUGAGACUAUGUAACAGCAAAAUAUCAUUUCUGGAUAGGUAUUUAUUACACCGUACUAAAGACUGCAGAAGUUGGUGGGAUCUAUCGAGGGUUGCUGUCUGGGACUGCUGAAUAGACCAAACUGUACUCCACAUUCUUGCAAUGGAAUCCAUCCAGGUCUCAGCGGAAUCAGCCUCAGAGAAGUAUGAUAACAACAGGGUCCUCCUUUAUAUCGCUGUAGUGUAAGACAUAUGGCUACGGCUAAUCUAAAUCGCAAACCCUCAUCUAUCAGUAGCUCUCCUUUCCUAAUACUUGGGAAAUCCUUUGUGGAUUAUGAGGGCUAACUCACUGAUAAACAAUCCACCUCUAAAUGAAAUUACACAUUAGUACAACCAACGCAAUCAGGCACACAUUCAUAAAUUUUAUUAAGUUUAGCCUACUCCUGUUAUGAAAUCAAUUUUUUAUUUUUUUUUUGCAGAAAAUGGACACCUUUGCUAUAGAAAUGGCGUGUGAGGCAUUAGGUGUCUUCUCUGUGAAAUAACUUUCUUUCAGUAAUAUAUUGAAUAAAUAUUUUGCCGAGGUUGUUGAAGUAAAAUUCAUCGCCUUACCUGCCACUUUUUGUCACUGGAUAUUUACAAAAAGCUGUCUAACUUGCAAAGGGGCUUGACUGAGUAAAGUUGACAGCAUUUUUUGGUCUACUGACAAAGUAGACUAUGACAUAAAAAAAAAAGAGCUUUACUUGCUUAUGUCACUUUGGAGAUGAUGAUGAUGAUUAUUAUUACUAUUACCCCACCCAUCUGACGGGGCACAGACAAGAAUGCAGGCAAAUUUUGGAGAUCGGCAAAGAGAUGCAUUUUAAAUCUAGAAAGCUUGAAUCCUACUGCAAUGAUGCAAGUUGAAAUAUAUGAUCCUGGGAGAUCCUAUGAGUACCACACAUACAAUUCUUGAGCUGCGGACCUUGUUCUGAAUACAAUUCCCUUUCUGUCACAACAUCCAAUAAGCAAACAACUGAUUUGGUUGCUCACCUACUUGCUGUGAGGGGACUAAGGAAGGCAGGGUCACAUCUGAUCUUCCCUUGGGUACAAUGGGGAUGGGAGUUGAGACAUAAUCUAAACACAUUCUCAACAGAAUUCAUGAUAGAGGAGAGAGCAAAUCCUUUGUUUGCUGCUUAGCUUUCUGUGGUGCUGCAAAAGCAUUAAUUCAGAAACAAGGGGAAGUAUCCUUUACAGCAUUGUUCUGGAGGAGGAAUGUUUAGGAGAAAUAUUCCCCAAGGAGAACAUCUACAGACUUAAACACUUGUGUUCGGCAUCCUAAUGUUUUGCUUCCAUAAAUACUAGACUUCUCCAAUCCUUUGUUUUGCUUUUGUUUCGAGUGACUGAUUAAAGCAAAAUUAAAUUGAUUAGCGCUCGUCAGGUCUGAUUGCACGAUUACAGUUCCCUCAUAUUACAAUUCACUUCCGAAAUGAGGUCAACCAGCUUCUCCUAUUGCACAGCGAUACCAGAGGCAAAAGAAUAAAGGUUACGAAAAAUGAUAGAAUUCUGAACAUGCUCAGAUCAUUGAUUAGAUUUCUGCCAGCAAAGAAACGUCUCCUUUGAUGAACAUUUCUUUCAAGUGGCAUGUCUCUCUGACUAAGUGUUAUUUUAUUUCUCCUAAAGCUAACAGGUGUGUCCCUCUGCCCCGCUGGCUGAUUAACUGUCUUGCUUUCAUCCAAUACAAUAAACAAGUAAUUAAAAUAACAGUACCUUUUAAAGGCUACUAUGCAAUGAGGGACGCGGGUGGCGCUGUGGGUUAAACCACAGAGCCUAGGACUUGCCGAUCAGAAGGUCGCGGUUCGAAUCCCCGCGACGGGGUGAGCUUCCGUUGCUCGGUCCCUGCUCCUGCCAACCUAGCAGUUCGAAAGCACCUCAAAGUGCAAGUACAUAAAUAGGAACUGCUCCGGCGGGAAGGUAAACGGCAUUUCUGUGUGCUGCUCUGGUUCGCCAGAAGCGGCUUAGUCGUGCUGGCCACAUGACCUGGAAGCUGUACACUGGCUCCCUUGGCCAAUAAAGCGAGAUGAGUGCCGCAACCCCAGAGUCGGUCACGACUGGACCUAAUGGUCAGGCAUCCCUUUACCUUUACGCAAUGUAGGUAACAGUUUUGGCAUGCAGGUCACUAUCAUAUAUUUGUAAAAUAAAUUUGACUGAAUUAAGAGAUGUACAGGUUCAACAAAAUCAGUUGUGGAAAUCAUUUAAGGGGCUUUGAACUCAGCAGCCCACAUUUUAUGAUCUAGACGAACCAAUUUUACUGAUUUAUCAAACAAAUGAAUGUUUUCAGCCAUGAUUGAUGUUCUAUGUUAUUAUUUUAUAAAGCUUUGCAGCUUGUUCUAGGUGGUUCUACUAAUUUCAGUGAGACAAAAGCUUUAGCACUACAAUCUUCUAAUGCUUGGAUCUCAUUAUUUUACUCCUGGGAAACAUCACACAAGAGAGAGAAAAUAAAACAUAACAUUAAGUUUUGCUACCAUGCAUCUGUACCAGAUAGAAAGACAAAACUUGAACAAAUCAAGGCGAUCCAGCUUUGUAAUAUACCUGUAUCACAACUGGGGUGGAGUGUGUUAAAAGAUGGAGGGGAAACAAAGGCUUUUCUACAGCUGUCCUACACCAAACCAUUCACAUGACAUUAACUCACAUAUCCACGAUAUUCUCCCCCAAUCUGGAUUUUCAAAGGGCUUGGAACCCCAGAAUAUUUUAAGAACAGGGGAGCACUAAAAAUAUGGCCUCCCAGCAGUCUACAUUUCAUUCUGAUGAACUGGUAGAUCAGGCCUGGGGGGGGGGGGGGAAGUAAGAGAUGGACAGAGGUAGAAGCAUCUGGUGAACUGAAACUAUAACGGGGUGUCAGUUACAGCAAGAUAUUUGAGAAGCUGAGCACAGCAUUGCCCUCUGAUAGAAAAUAGUUUGGGCAAGGAGACCCAAUUCAGCAGAAUCAGAUCAUAACCAUUUAUGCCCCUAUUCCACUCCACAGGCAAAGCAAACUUGCAAAAGAUGAAUGAGAAAAGGGUAUAUUUAGGCAAACAAGUGGAUAAGUUCUUUUAACUGAAUAGGUUAGAAUACAACAUCUAAAGGUACAAACAGAAGCAGUGCAGGAUAUCUGAUAAAGAUCUCCUACAGGGAAUAAGAAAAUUAACAGCAGCUUUGGGUUGGAGGAGAUCAGAUUGGGACAAUGAUCCUGACAGUGCAGAGCUUAAUCCUUUCUUACACAUGCUGUAUUCUCACUCAAAGAUUGAUUCUCCACCCUAUGAUCUGGUUUGCUUUUUGCCAUGUGGAGGAAAACCUUCCGAUUUUAUUCAUAUAUUUGUACAUUUAAAGUGUGAGGGAAUUUGGAACUGUAAAACAGAACAGGACAAAAGGGUUAGAUCCCACUGCUUUGGUAUAAAUCCAGUCAGUGCCCCUCCCCCUUUAUUAAUCUUUUUAUGCAAUCAAGGAUCUCCUGCAUCACGUCUAGGUGCACCCGAAGAUUUGUAACACUCUUCUUGCUGGAACUGACAGCCAACCCAUUCUGACGUGAAGGAAGGCAUAACAGAACAUGAACCUAUGUAGCACGGAAAAGGAACGUUAAUAAAAAAACAAACAAAACUGCUUACCACAGGGCAAGCCGCUGCUCUAUUUCCUUUAAAAAGUUGGUGUGGAAUUUGUGCAAAGGUUCAAAGUUGGAAAAGAUGAGAUUCUUCAGUGCUUCUGGCAUGCAGUCUUCCUUGCUAACUGUGCUCUGGAACCACUACAAAGACCAAGAAAAGCAAUAAGGCAGGUCACCUUUGGGGCCAAGUCUGUUGAGUAGCAUAGCCUUUCCAUGGGGCUAAAAGAGCAUAGGUUCUGCUUGGUGAAUGACUCUCCCCAGCAAUAAAGGUAAAGGUAAAGGGACCCCUGACCAUUAGGUCCAGUUGUGACCGACUCUGGGGUUGCGGCGCUCAUCUCGCUUUAUUGGCUGAGUGAGCCGGCGUACAGCUUCCGGGUCAUGUGGCCAGCAUGACUAAGCCGCUUCUGGUGAACCAGAGCAGUGCACGGAAAUGCCAUUUACCUUCCCGCCGGAGUGGUACCUAUUUAUCUACUUGCACUUUGACGUGCUUUCGAACUGCUAGGUUGGCAGGAGCAGGGACCGAGCAACGGGAGCUCACCCCGUCACAGGGAUUUGAACUGCCAACCUUCUGAUCGGCAAGCCCUAGGCUCUGUGGUUUAACCCACAGCACCACCCGCGUCCCCUCCCCAGCAAUAUCAGAUCACAAAUUUGCAUCUUGGGUCAGCCAAAGGGUGCUAUAUAUAACAGAGAAAUAGACACAGCACGCCUUAUAAACAAAGUAAAUUAGCUUCUAGAAUGUGUUUCAUUGAGAAUGUAUAAAAUGUUUAAGAGUUUGCUGUGUUGGGGGUGGCGGCGUUAUAUGAAGGGGUUAAGUUUAAAAUAGCAUGUAUAUGUUGGUGGCCAAGAAAAGCUGGGUUCUUUUUACUGUGUUAAAGGAUUGUAAAAUUUCACUUCUGAUUGGCUUGCUGCAUAGAAAUUCUUGGUCACUCAUUGGAUGAGAAAAGUGACUUGAUGAGGAGAGGCCACUCAAAGUGGGGGAGAUCAGGAGCCGGCCAUUGCCUCACAUAUUCCCUAUCCGGUAGGGAGAAGGUAUUGAGCAAAAUAUAUCAAUUAAUUUUUGGUAUUUCCCCCCCUACCACAAGAAGAAGGUUGCAAGGGAGGGAAGGCACAGCUGCCUAGAAUCCCUUAAGUUAAGUUUUGUCCAGAAAAGCUCAUGGUUGUGUGUGUAAUGCAAAAGCAGACAUACCGACGUGAUAACUUCAAGGUCUUUCAGGUAAGUUCGUUCUGUGGUGGAAACUUCUUUAGCAAUGAAGUAUGCUUUGUCAGUUGGAAACCUCUGAAAACAGAAAGAAAGAAACAGAGGUUUUGGUCUUUACCCAAAGAGUAAGUUCACAAAUCGAAGAAAAAUAAUACGGAAGGAGUGGGUCCACUAUAAUUUAGAGAAUUAUAAUUCAGAGAAUUUUGGAAAAACCUUGCCCAAUGUGAUACAGUGGUACCUCGGGUUACAUACACUUCAGGUUACAUAUGCUUCAGGUUACAGACUCCACUAACCCAGAAAUAUUACCUCUGGUUAAGAACUUUGCUUCAGGAUGAGAACAGAAAUCGUGCAGCAGCGGUGCAGCGGCAGCAGGAGGCCCCAUUAGCUAAAGUGGUGCUUCAAGUUAAGAACAGUUUCAGGUUAAGAACAGACCACCAGAACGAAUUAAGUUCUUAACCUGAGGUAUCACUGUAUAUUUUCAGAAAUAUGAAACUUUUUUAGCUGCUAUGUAUUUAUUAAAAAUGGUUUUAGACUGCUCUCUCAUACAAAAAAUCAAGGUGCUGUACGACAAAAUAUACAGUAAAUCAUAGUACACCACAAAAACGUUAACAAGUUUAAACAACUGGACACAGCGGCUGCAGAACCCCCAAGUGUCCCUAUUUUCCAAGGAUAUCCCUGAUUUAGAGAAGCCAUCUCGGUUUCUUAUUUGAUCUCUGAAUGUCCCACUUUUCCCUAGGAUGUCCCUAUUUUCACUGGAGAAAUGUUGGAGAAAUAUGAAAUGUUAACUAAAGAUUUGGGGAGAACUUUUUAUGGUCAUGGGGCUUCCAACGCAGGAUUUGUGAGAACAUGAUUUUUCAAAGGACCCUCUCAAAACCACCACGAAAUAGUAAUAAACUCCCACGCCCAUGCAUGCCUCCUGUUAUUUCCUGGAUAUGUUGUCAUCCUAUGUAAAAAAAAAAGAAUCAAGAAGAUCCAAAGAUCCAUGAGGAUCUGUGCCCUGAGUCAUUUUUGUGGCGCUGAAAAGCACUGGAGCUGUGGUUUUUACUGUGCAGUCUGCCACUGCAAGCUUUGUUCUGAUAGAGUUUUCUGAUGGAAUUUUGGGGAUUUUUUUUGGGGGGGGGUACCAUAUAAAAUCAUGCAAAUGUCAGAAGAUCCAUUUAAAUUCUCCUGGAUGUGACAUUUGUCUGAACCCUGUGGAAAAGCAAAAAAUAUAUCUCUAUGUGCUUUCUCUUUCUGUACGAAGGAGUGACCCAGGGGAGGGGAGGAGAGAAGCAAUCAGGAAUUGAUCAAGAUUUGUUUUUGGCUUAUAUGUACAUAGUAUUUUCAGUAUUAGGAUACAAUAGGGGGCAUAUACUGCGUCCUCCAUGUAUGUAAAUAUGGGCAAGAACUGUUUGCAUGCAGGACAGUUAGCACUCCAUGCAGUAACUGACCAAGAAUGACUUCAUAUCCAUAUUCCAAACAAGGCAAGAAGUACACGUCAUACCUCCGAGAAACCUAAUGAAUUUCGUGAUUCACAAAUGGCAAAGGAAAGCUCUGAUAUAAAGAAAUUGCAUUCAACUAAUGGUGUGGUGUCCUGCUACCUUACCCUAAAGACGUAAACUCUUCCAGGCAAUGCAACAACUUUUAUUGCUCUGCCUCCAUCCAACGAUCAGUGAUGUGCUAAGCACACCCUGUAGCCAACAUUGGAGCAUUUCUAAGCAAGCUUACGCAGAAGUAAUCAAGAGUUCACUGGCACUUGCUCUCUAGUAAGCACAAAGCAGGAUUGCAGCCCAGGUUUUCUUCAUUGUGAUGGUUGUCAAAGGGGCCUUGUCAAACGUGGAUGUAUUAUGAUUUGACUGUCUACAAAGUGCAAGGAAAAAGCUCAAAUCAGCUGUACAGUCAGCCAACCACCCAACACGUGGAAUGGAAAAUCAGCUUCCAGGCUUUUGACUUCAUUCUUCACGCACUGUGCCUGCCUUCUCGAGGAAGGCAGCUGAACCCUGCUGUGUGCUCCAUUAGAACAGUCAAGGCUAAGAGCUGCCUAAUCGUGCCCUGCGACCGAGAGCAAGAGCAGAAAGAAAUACAGGAGAGCAGGGAGUUGGAUGUUAUCGGUGUGGGUGUAAAGCAGCAUCAGGCAAAGGGGACCUAGUGAGGUGGUAAUAGGAAGAGAAAGGCAUUGAAUCCAAGGGAUUUGGGGUGCGUGGGAGAAGAUAGGAACCCUGUUCCCUAAUAUGUACAGAAAGCUUUUCUUUGCAUCUAUGGGGAAGCAUUCAAAUACGAGCAGACAUCCUUGGUCUGACUGAUACAGUGCACCAAGAGCUCAACCACAUGAAUCUGCUGAUGGUGUAGUUCAACAUCAGAGGUAGGUGGACAAUAUUUGUGGUAGAUGUGGCCUCCUAUACUUGUGAAUCACUGUAUCAAUUUGACCACACAAAUUCAUUGCAUCACCUACUUUGUGGUAACAGGAAUUUAUUUUUCAGGGUUUUUUUUAAGUUAAAAAAGGAAAGAGAAGUCAUUUGUGGAAAGGAAAUGCCGUCUCUCCAUGCCGCAAAUCAAAGGCUCGCUUCCCAGCAGCCCAGUGACUUUGAAAGAUCACUGCUUGGGCCCUUUAGAUCUGUUAAGUGUUAAAAAAAAAUCAGUAGCAGACACUUAUGCUCUGUUAAGCAUAUGCUAGUUCCUUGUAUAAAAAAUGGAGGUUGGUUGGACUGAAUCUGAUAGAAUAAUAAAUGCAGUUAUAAUCCUAUGUGUUUUAGACAUGCCAGAUAUCGUAACCAAAAUGGUAAGAGCAUCAAGUACCUUCCUCCUGACUUCCUCUUCAUCAUCAGUGCGGACACCAGUUUGGUCAUUCAUCAGAGGACUGACUAAUGGAGAAGCUUGCCUGUUAUCAGGACUCAAAUUAGGAGACAAUGUUGCAUUUGUCAUAGCUGGUCCGCCUUGGGAAUUGAUGGACAGUUCUGAAAGGUGGGGGCUGCCCGUGAGAGAGCCUGCUGAAGGAACAACAGAGUAAAAUUCAGAAUAAUUUAGAAAUAUUACUUUUUAGCAUAUAUGAGAAUUAUAGCCAAGAACCUCAGCCUAUGUAAAUGAGAUGGUUCCAGCUAGUUAAAUCGAGCUACUAGUUAUGUGAAGAGCUAAUCUGCCUAUUUAGUGCUUAUGGAGAACGGACUUGAGUAAGAUUCACAUUGUAUUACAGCAGUGAAGAAAGAAGAAUGUAGCCUUGCUUUAGCAUCUGCUUCUUUCCUAGCAUGUGGUGAAUCAAGUUAGAACAGCUUUAGAGAGGCAGCUUUGUGGGAUGUAUGAGCUUCUGUUGUUAGAUCUUAUUCCACUCACACAUUUCAGAUGCCACAAUAAACUAUUGUUGCUCCAUCUCCCCCUUCAUGAACAAAAGGAAGAAGUUUUCAAGCUUCUGUUUUUAGUUUUAAGCAAACCAGCUUCCCACUAUAUCUGACUAUAGGAACUGGCUUUUUCAAGUUAGUUGAAGCAAACCGGGAUCAAAUCAUGGUUUCAGAUCCCGGAUUAACCAAUUAACCGUGGUUAAAACCAGUCACCGUUUCCUGCAUCCAGGCACAAGAGGAAACUGCAUUUUGUUCAAAGCCAUGACGGGAAGUUUUAAACCUCCUCGUCUUGCACACAAAUGGGGGAGAACAUGAAUAGGAGGUUAAGACCUGCUCAUCUUCAUAACUUUGAAUUGGGCCAAACGGUCAAAGGACCUUGGUCUUAGCUCCAGAAGGCAAUAAAACUGUCCAAUCUGCAGCCAGCUCAAAAAAAGGGUAAAGCUUGCAGCUUUCACGAUAAAUUCAAAACGUAUGGUUUUUAUCAUCCAUUAGUACUACUACCCAAUUAGCAGCACCCAAAGAAACAGACAUUUUUCUCACUGAACUCCAACCCCCAUAGAGAUACAAGCAAAGUGUCCUGCUCUAUCCUCUCCCCACAUUUUUAUUUGAAAAUUCAUUGUCUUCCUCAUCACUUAAUCCAAAUAGAAACGAAUGGGGAUAGGGGUGGGAUUCAGUUGGGGAAAUCCUGUAAUCAGAAAAAAAAUAUGAUAUGUUUAAGAAGCAGUCAAGUUGUGUGGGAGAGAGUAAUACUGUCCAAAGAGGACAUCGUCAAAGCUGUAAAUUUUCUCUGUGCUCUACUAUUAGUUUUACUACAUAAUAAAUGUAGAAACAGAGAGAAUUACCCUAUAGUUAACUGGCGUUUUAUUCACCCUCCUACAAACUUAAACUCCAGAAAUGCAACUGAUUAAAAUUAUUUCACAGGGUGCUAACAGAAUAAGCAUUAGAAAAAGCAGAAUCUAGAGGAGGAAAGUGAUUUUCUAUGUCAAUGUCACAUCUAGAACAAAGGGAGCAAACUACUCAAGCCCUCUUGCUACGUACAACAUAAAUAUGUACAGUGUACCUUGUCAAGUUAUUCCACGCUCCUCUGACUGUUUUGGGGUUGAAAUGCUAGCAUUACAUUGAUACAAUAGAUGUUAUUUUUUAAAAAGCAUGUGGAAGGACCACUUCAAAAUGUUCGCUGUUGUUAAGCCUAAGAAAAGUGUACAAAAAAGCGUGAAAAUGGACAAUUGCACACUUUGGUGGCUACGUGAAAGUCAAUGGCCCGAAAGGGCUUUAAAUGGUGUCCUCCUUUCUUGGAUGAAGCCUACCAUUUCUUUUUGACAUAAAGUAGUCAUCAAGCUCACAUUCACUAUAUAUUUCCAACCACAUAUUUCUGCAACCCAUUAAUCUUCCUUCAUGCUUUACAAAAGCAUCUUAAUUUAGGGAAACAAAUAAGCUGUCAGCUAGUACAGCUAACAAUACCCAUCAUGUUCACGCACAAAUAAUAGGCUCUUUAUUACAAACAUAUCAAGAAGUUUCAUCUGAAAUUUAUCUUGGAAGCCCCAGUAAAAUACAGCACAGCGUCAAAAAUUCAGAGAGAUUAUGAUCAAUUCGUUUUUCAGCAGGACCUAAAUAGUAUAUAGAUUUUUGAGCUGCACUAGCAAGUUUCAUAUUUAUCUCAUCAUCUUUAUCAGCACCAAAGCAAAUUAUGCAGAGCAAAUGGGAUACUUGCCUGUAGAUAUAUAUAUAUAUAUAUGCCUCAAUGAAAUAAAUUUACCCACAAUUCCAGGCUAUGCAGAUGCUCAGGAAAAUCUGAGAGAAAGCCAGAGCUUGUUACACAAAUGUCAAUUUUAUUGACACUAGUACACAACUGUAUACAAUAAUUUCAUAAUAAAAUUAAUGCAGUUAUAAGAAAAAGGAGAAGGGAGGGGCCCUAAGGUCAGGAAAUCGUAUUUUCUAAGUUUACAACUGUUAUGUUUUCAAACGACAUGUACAAAAGACCUACAAGAAUCAUAGUAUCACCUCAAAUAUGUAGUAAAAACACAGAAAUUCUGGCACCGUGCCUGCCCACAUGACAGAAGAAAAGAAACAUUAGCAUCCGUAUGUGAGGUUUUCUGCUUCUCAGACAUUAAGCAUCUGAAAUCUAAGUUUACGGACUGGCCACAGCUAAUCAUAGGAAGUAGCAGCUAUACAUGACCAACAACCUUGUUUCUAUUUUUCUAGAUCUUCAACAACUGAAGUGGUGUAUUUGCCAUUAUACAGGAGGGCAUCCGUAUGGCAGCCUGAUGCAAAUGCUUGGGCUGUCCCAUCAAAACACUUGCUGUAGUGUUGAGGGUUCCUGUCUGACUCGUGGCUCAGCUAGAUUGCAUGGAAGCUCCAAAGGCAUUAAUCAGCACCUCAGCAAAGAGUCUCUUUGUGCAGCCUACUGCAAUUCAGAACUGGUGUUUCGCAGCUCUCUGAAUCUAAACUCCACCAAGGUUUGGUUGGGGACAGUUCACAGCAAAUAAAGUCAGGAUUCCUUUGAACGUUCUUAAUUUAAUAUCACCCAGUGACCACCAAAUGUAAGAUAGUUGCGUUUCCAAAGGCUUAAUUAAUACAGUGUUUUUCCCCUGUCAAAAUAUGCGGGAAGAAGAGACUAAACGAAUACUGUAUAGAAUUGAGAUCUAAUCAUUUUCUUACUUGCAGCUGCAUGUGUGGAAGAUGCCACACACAUUUUAUGCUACAGGUUUGGUGGACUGGAAUCUGGGGAUUAGCAAUGGACAGGCCAUAGGAGUCAAAAUGCAGAAAUAUUUCUCUGUUACCUGGUACCCCUUCGUUGCUUAUAAGGACACAGAAGAUGAUAAAUUGCUCCUUCUAAUUUCACAAAGACCCCAUUGUGGUCAGACACAAUUCCUAAGCAUUCAUGGCCGCUUGAUUGAUAACAGCAUAACCUACGCCUGCUUUAUCUUAUGCUACAUUGCAAAUUCUGCCUCAGUUGUGAGAGUUAUUGGAUGUCAUAUCUGUACCAAUAUUGACAAAUUAUCUAUCUUUCUAUCUACUGAAGGCCAAAGGCUAGGAACUAAAUUUUCUCCAUGCUGUACAUCAUGAUCUAGAUUAAAAUCAGCCUCGCCUUUUAAGCAGAACUAUUUUGCUCCUUGCCUGUCAAACAGAUGCACUGCUUUGAACUUAUCACAAUGCAUACCAAGACAUGUGAUAAGCUACAUCCUAGAAAUGCUAUGUAACUUCCAAGAGCUCAUGCGAGAACAAAGGUGGAAGGCUUCUCUCCUUAAUAACCACCUGUCAGUCUUCAAAGUCUGCUGUUUCCUACAAGGAGUUGCAGAAAAUCACAACACAUUACAAACAUAUUGUACUUCAGUCAUAUUAGCUUUGGGAGAAUGGCCCACAUGGUGACUUCCUGUAAAAUGGGGCACCUUUGAGAAAUAAAUAAAGACGUAACUCUAGCCUUGAAGUAAUGAAUGCAGUAUUUUCCUGGUAGAAAGCUUAUUCAUUGGCCAAAAAAAGUAAGAUUCCCUGGAACUCUUCUCUCUCAAAACUCAUUUCUCCACAUAAGCAAAGAGUCAGCUGAUGCCUCGAAGGGUGUCUUUAUAUAAAUAUUUAACCCCAAGCAAGCAUUUGGAUUACUAAUCCAUAUGUAAUUACACAUAGGAUUGUACUGUCUUAGAUCUAUGUCUGCAUAACUCCCCACCCCAAUCUGUUUGAUGCCCAGCUGAAUAAUGUAGAUGAUGUGUAAUGUGAACUAAUCCCUAGAAGGAUUCAUAGCAAGUCUAUAAAAAAGGCUUUCAAAUAAGAUUAAAAUUUUCUUUAGACUUCUGUAACUAAAAAAUUUGCAUCACUGAACUGGGAUACUCGUAAGCUUGCUGUUUUGGACCUCAAAAAUAUUUAAAUGCUGGUUAUUUAAUUUUUUUCCUUGGUACACACUAGAGUCAGAAAUGCAAAUGCCUCUAAAUCAAACUGAUGCAUUCCACAUUCCUCAUACUAUAAAAUGGAGGGUGAAUGGUAAUUUUAGCUUCAUGUCAAAGCAUCCAGAUUGACUUUAGAACCUGAAAAUCAAGCGGUGUUCUUGUCAUUCCUCAGAUCGUCAACAACAAAAUAAGGAUUGCCUCAAGCAAAAUUUGAGGUGGAAGUGCUGGCAUGGGGUAGGGACAGGUUGCUUAUAUUGGCUUUUGUAUAGCUUUUUUUUUUUUUAAUUAAAGAACCACCACCAAAAAAAUCUAACAACCUUUUCUUUAAAAAAGAAAAUGAAAACAGACAACGUACUCAAAAGACUGAUGGAAAGCAGACACAUUCAGUAAGAACGUGUUAAAGAAAUGUAGAUUUAUAACCAGCACUCAAUAAUAACGAAUAAAGGUACUAUUGACAGCUAUAGCUAAGGUACUUGAGUUCAUACACCCCUCACCGGUGUCAAGACAGUUAAAACAGAAUUAAUUCUGAGUGUUCUUUUGUUUCACAGAUUCCCCUUUCCCAAUUUAAAGAAGAGGAGCCUGCGAAGAUUAUAAGAAGGAACAGAGAAAUGGCUGAUUUGUGUGGCCCCCUCCAUCCCUUUCUGAGCCUUUGGCAAAGGUGGGGGGAAGAAGGGGAGAGAGAGGCCCAUGUCUUUGGGGGCAGAUGAGUAUUCCAUUUCUGUAUCAGGAAGAUCUCCCCUGCGUCCUGCACAGAGCUACAAUUCCUAGAGUUUCUGCUACAAUUCCUAGGAUCCUAGGUUCAGAGAGGGAUGAUAUUGCUUUAAAUGUAUAGUGCAGAGGGGCCCAGGAAAGUCAUGCAUCCCCUCUUACAAUUUCUAUGGAACGUGCAAUGCCGCCACAGCUUGCUCUUGAGCUAAUUUAUUGGACAAGAGGUUUUCAAAGGGGAGAUGCAGCAAGAGGUUUCAAAAAUAACAUAAAAUAAAAAUAAUGCAAUUUCAGCAAAGAUAUGGGGCAGAGGCUGCCUUGCUGAGAUAAACGAAGGAGGAAGGAUAAAAAGGUUUUCUUGGGUUCUUAAGGCUUGAAAUGGACAGUGGUGAUAGGGCAUGAUUUGAGAGUAUGGCGCAUCGUACCAAUGAACAUGUCCCCCUGCACUUGGGUCAACAAUUUGAGCAACAAUUAAGCAAGGAAAAUUUUUACAGCAAGACACCAGUUAGAAAGGGUAAAGCCUUCAGUACAGGUAAUAAAAAAGCAAAACGAAAUUAAUGUCAUGCAUACAUAGGAUAACUUCGGCCUGACAUGCUUACAGACAGUCACCAAAUUCAGCAAUAGGUUUAGUAACCAGGAACCCCUUCCUCUUGGGUACAAAAAUCCAUGCUGAAGUGAUAUAUAAUAAUAUUAGACAGUGGCAGGUACAAAACUGGACAGUAACUGCAGCAGUUAGCCGAUAACUGAUUACCCUUUGGGGGAAAAUAAUGUACAUCAUGAUAAGUCUAAUAGCAAUAUGGGUGGGGGGACUUUUAGAGGCAUGAAGCAUGUCCCUUGUCUAUCUUUGUUCUUUCCAUCGCUGAACUAAGCAAAACGAAAAGGAACAGGGGAAAAAUAUAGUGGUUUGAAUACAGUUCCUUAAAGCACACAUGCAUAUAGAAAUAGUCGCUUAUUCUAAAUAAGAUGCAUAUUAAACAUUACAGAAUAUGUUUGCCUGCACAGUCUAGGACAUUGGUCCAAUCCACAUGUGCAAGCAAGCAGGUGCUGCAGCUACUGUCCGUUUUGGCUUCACAUCUCCCUAAGAAAGCAGUGAUCCUGCUAAAAAGCAAUUUUGUAAUGGAUCCAAUCUUUUUAAGUGCUGCCUUCACUGGAAAGCGAAGGGCAUGGUGGUUCCGUAUCAUCACCACGGUCCAAAUAUUUGUGCAGAAGGUCACAUUCGUUUACUCUUCAGUUUCUCCAUUUUUUAUUUAUUUAUUGCAAAGUAGGAUCCUUGCAGUAGGUGACCACGAAAUAAUGAAUUUUAUAAAUGAAUGCAGGAUCACUGUGCUAGGAGGAUAUUUCCAUUUCCAAGUGGGCUAAUUCCCCCUCUAGCAAAAGGUCAUUGGGGCAGCGUGGCAAACAAUGCAAGGAACAGAAGAUACACCAUGCUUUGAGUAUAAAGACAGAACAAUGGAAAAAGGCUUUUUCCUCCCAAAGAGGUACAUGCUGAAAAAACAUACAGUGGUAUAUUUCUUUUUUUAAAAAACAAACAAACCAACAAACCAUUGUUAAACAAAUGACAAGAAUGAGAAUGAAGACCCCAGCAUUUUUUUGAAUUGGUAUUUUCUCAGUUUUGAAUUUUCAAACCUAUAAUUCAAUGUGUGAAAUAUAUCAGGGAAGUGCCAAUCAUAAGAAAAUAGCCAAAGUUUGUAUAUUAGAUCUAUCAGAACAGCAAUAAGGGGUGGGGUGGAGAAAAGAAACUGGGAGUGGAAUAUUUCGUGCCCUUCCUGAAAAGUGAGCUCUGAAAUAGGUAACUCUUUCCAAGCCCAAGACUGAUAAUUAUGUUGUAAAUUCUGCAUAAAAAGUAAAGUUUGAAUGACAUCAUGAGCGUUUUGCUGCAGCUGCCGUGUUACGGUUGCCAUACGUCCAGAAUUUCCCGGACAUAUCCGGAACACUGCAGCCAAAAAAAAGCCCAACAGCUCUGGCAAAAAAGCCCCACAACUUUUCUGUCUGGAUUUGCACUGUUUGAAAUAUGGCGACCCUACGCUGAGUAGCUUGCUCUCCAUGCAAAUAUAAAACAGAGCGUUUGCUUUUCAUUCACAAAUGCUCUUUUGCACGGAUUCCUGACGUGAGCUUUAUUCCCCUUGUUGAAAAAAGUAAAAUGCAAGAGCUGCUUUAACAAAUAAUUAGAUAAAACCGAUCUUUCUAUAAAGCACAACAGACAAGUAAUCAAAAAGCUCCUCCUCAUCAGUGAGAUGAAAACCCAUCGAAAGGGUGGGUAUACUAGACUGCUUUGCAAGAACCAGAGAAACAGACCUAUUCCUAAACUUUGCAAGAAUCUUAUUGGGGGGGGGGGGCCCACAUCUAUAGAACAGAUGAUUGAGAGUGGGGGUGGGUGGGUUCAUAAAAAAGAAUAAUAAUACUGCCGUAUUUAGAAAGUGAACCUUCCAAAAAAAUGGAGACACAAAAAAUAUGGAUUGCCACACACUACUAAUACUACAUUAUUUUUUUUAAAAUGAGCCUUAAAAGGAAGUGCAACUUUUUUAUUUAAAAAGUAAUAAUCUAAAGUGAAGAUCAAUGUAUGGACAGCUACAAAGAUUCUGUAGAUUCUUAGGACUGAUAUGAAAACAAAUCUGCAGGGCAUGUCCCAGUAUCACAGAGCAUGUGAGAGACUUAAAGGGGAAACCAUGUCAUACUUGGGAAAUUAUUUUUGACUUGGGUUUACUUUGUAUGCCCCACAGAAGUGACAAGAAAAGAACUGUUGGUUGUGUGUCCUCUCCCAACACUUAUGACUCAUGUGAACGUGCAAGCUAUUCAAUCUCUAAAUGAAGAAGACAGAAUGUGCGUGCACCACUCUCUCUAGGGUAAAUGUGCAUCAACUGUCGCCCCAUAAGAGCCAGAAAAGUAGACAGAAAGACAGGAAGUAUCACUCCCUUAAUGGUUCCUCUCUUGCUACUUUCAUGGAAUGGUUAAAGUGGGCCUCAGUUUGGGAUUCGCCCCACCAUCAAAAAUGCCCAUUUUGCUUUGCUUUAGUAGCAAAUUUCCAAUUUACUCCUAACUCUAUGCACAACACAGAGAGCAGACAUAAAGAAAGUAGUGGAUACCAACAAUGAGAAUUCUAAUUGGCAACAGGCUUGUCGUUUUCAUAUUUACAAGUUACAAUUAGGAAUCUGAUGUGCUUAAGCUACACAAUUCAUAUUUUUUAUCUGAGCUGCACUGUUUAAUAG